CUUCAGGUAGACAGUGUCAUCAUUAAUGAUCAUCAGUAGGUAACAGUGGCCAGCUUUGUUCUAAGAAGGCAGCAUCAACAAUCAGGCACAUUAGUCUCUCUCUGCCUCACUGAAGCUGGCAAAAGCACAAUGACCCCUCAUUUCUCUCUGAGGCAGUCAGAGGUCUUUGGGAAACAGCAGCUCUUACUUUCUUCUGUACUCCACCACAUUAGUAUUUCAUGUCUAAAACUAAGGAAGAGUCACAGGUAAGGCUGUUCCUGUUAUGUUUUCAGCACCUAUUGAAGACCUUCCAGGAGUCUUUUUAAGUGGAGAUUUUUAUCCCAUGCUGUAUCUGUAUGGGAUUUGAAAUUAUUUUUACAGUGGUGCCUUGCAAGACAAAAUUAAUCCGUUCCGCAAGUCUCUUCGUCUUGCGAAGCACGGCUAUUAGCGGCUUAGCGGCUAUUAGCGGCUUAGCGGCUAUUAACGGCUUAGCGGCUUUAAGAAAAAGGAAACAAACUCGCAAGAACUCGCAAGACGUUUCGUCUUGCGAAGCAAGCCCAUAGGGAAAUUCGUCUUGUGGAACGACUAAAAAAACGCAAAACCCUUUCGUCUAGCGAGUUUUUCGUCUUGCGAGGCAUUUGUCUUGCGGGGCACCACUGUACCUAUGAAAGUGCUUUUCAUCGUUAUAACUCUUUUUGUACAUGAAAUUGCGUAAUUCUUGUUAUCACUGACGUGGGAAGCAAUUUGGUAUUGGAAUUAAAUAUAUACAUUAGAGAGAGAGAGAGAGAGAGAGAGAGAGAGAGAGAAAUUGCCACCACAGGCACAUAACGUCAGUGGCUGGUGCAGAGAGAGUUGAAAGAAUGUACACAGGAGACUGGUAUUGGGCUGAAUUAGGCCAUAACUUUAUUGAUUACAGGAAAGAGUAGAUUUGGCUAAGGCUAAGGCUCGCCUGCUACCUAAUAGGAACCCAGUGAAGUUGACUCUGUACUGGGAGCCACCCCUGACAUGGAUUGGGUGUAAUGACCCUGCAUAGGCCGCCAUUGGGAGAGGUAUAUUGGCCCAUUGGUCCCUCUGUGGAAUCCCAGAAAGAUUCACUCCUCCUGAACCCCUCUAAUGGGGUACCCCCACAACUAAGGAUCCAGCCCAAUGCCUUAUCUGCUAUGAGGUAGGCAAAAACCUUCAAGCUGGCCAAUUUGCUUGCAGGGAAAAAAUCCUCACUGGUCCCAGAUACCAAGUAAACCAUAGUAAGGUGGACAUGCCAAAUUGCCAGCUCCCCACUAGGUGGACCUUUAAUAGUCUGGGUGGGUGGGUGGAAAAUCCUGCAACAGUCAGCAGACAGGGAGAGCUGCACUUGGCUGCUCUCUUAAAUAUGUCCCUACUUUGAUUGGCCUAGCGGCCAAGGAAUGGAAGGUCCAGCGCAGUCAAAGGUGGGUGGCACCAGGUGGCCAACAUCACACAAGAUGACGAUGGCCUCCCUGGACCAUCCACAGAUGUGCCAUAUUGUCAAAAUGAGUGGAGUUGGGAUGUGGUGUGAUUUGGGAAACAAAUGUUGGAAUGAACAAUCUGCCAGGCACUUUGCGCCCAGAAUCAGUGGCAGACAGGAUCUCAAAGCAAUCUUCCCUUAUAUUAAUAGCUUUCACCGUGUCCUCUUCUCAGCGCCCCUGAAUAUGAUUGCCAAGUUGUGGCACCCUUGAACAAAACCCAGUGGCAGGGUUUUGUCACGAAGUGUCACAGUGCUGCCUGAUGUGUUUGCAAUGCCAACUGGCCAGCAGGGACAUCAGGCAUCAGGGUUCUUGUUUUUCCUAUCCCCUCUGGCUUCAAUUGCUAUGUUGUUUUGUGUCCCAGCUUUACAGCAGCCAGUGUGAGACAAUGCGGAUGCUGAGGUUUGUUUGCUUUGUUUUUAUUUUAGUGAGUGUGCUGGAAAGGAAAUUGACUGAUUUUACAGAAACUACAUGCAUACCCCUAAUGACUGCUACAGAAUGCAGUUUUAAGUUUUGUAAGUCAUAAGUGCUUAAGGGUGAUCACGGCUGGCCCAGGACGUUUUUCUGCUAGAGGCAAAACACAAAAUGCCACUCCCGCCUCUGCUACAUGCCUGCAUGCCAAAUAACACCCACUGUACAUCUUUUUGGCAUGCGCCCACUGCUGCAUGCACACACAAACUGCCGCCUAGGCACAUGGUGGAGAAGGUGGUGGUGGCAAGUGGCAUGGAGACUGGAUCUGCUGUCCCACCAAGCUUUCUGGAGCCUGCUGCCCUGUGGCGACUGCCUCACCUUGCCUCAUGUGUGGGCCAGCCCUGAAGGUGAUCAUAGGAUCCAGAAUUUGUGUACUGUUAAAAAUGAAGAAAAAAAGUUACUUCCAGACUUUGGUAAUAAGCUUAUAUUUAUAGCCAAGAUCACAGAACAGUGCCUCUCCUCUCAUCACAUUAAGACAAGGAUCUGACCAAGUCUGUGGCUUUUUCUCAAAGUGGGAGGGGUUUCCGCCUUUGUUAUCUUUGAAACAUGUGUGCCAUUUACUGCGGCAGGCCAUUAGGUUUGAUGGACUUUUCUUUAUGAUGUUGUUCUGUGCGACUAUAGUUUUAAGUUUUGCAAUUAUUCAGCUUGCUUAAUUUAUCAGGUUGGUACAAUGUUCCACGUGGUUCAUAUCCCUAACGGCGCUUUUGCUACCACUGUGCCAUGGCACUUCGACAGCUAUUACCACCCAAUGCCUUUAGCUUUUCAGAGGGCUCAACCCAUCCCAAUACUCUGCUCAGGGAGGCCGCACCUUGCCGCCACCCUGCUCAAGAAGUCGAUGAGCCUCUCUCUGGUUCCUCUCCUCCGAUGAUGUCCCUCAAUGCUCUGGGGCUGACUGCGCGGCCGGCGGCAGCUCCGGCCCCUCUUUUGUUCUUCAUGAGCAGACCGGAGUGAAGCCUGCUCCAACUCAGUCUGCUCCAGUUGCUCUGCCCCCCAGGCCACUACACAUAGAUCAAAAUUUGAAUCUGGGUUUGGUGGGAACCCAGAAGGCCCCACCAUGGCCAGGGGAACGGAGCAAUGGUUGGCAAAACGGUGUGGCUGCAGGAGGAUGGGGAAGCCACGCACCGGGCCACAAAUGUCGCCCAUUGCUGAACUGGGUGAACUGCCAUUAAUGUCUUAGCAUGCAUGAUUAAACAGAGUAUGCAUUACAGUCCAGAUUUGUGGUGUCAGAUACCUGUUUCAGAUGCUUCAAACCAACACUGAUUCAAGUAGAACCAGAAAUGCAAAAAUGCCCUGAGAUGAAUGUGCAUAAUUAUGGGAACAGAACUCCUAGGCAACCAUUUUGAUAAAGAGACAAACAAUUUGCUAUAGACUAAAGAUGUACAAAAAUGCUCUAUAGGAACGAAUGUUUUGAAAUAAUACAGGCGGCCAAUGUUCUUGUGCAACCCAUUUAAAGCUCUGUAAUUAUGAUCAUAAAAUUGUUUGGAUAAUAGAACAUUUCGUUCUUCUGCUCUCUCAGCCUUUUCUGUGCUUUCACACAUCUUUCUCGUCGAACUCCUCUUUGAUGCAAAGAUUACAAAUGUAUUAUUUCCUCUUCAUAUUUGUUGUGUUAUUUCCAUUUGCAGUUGGCAACAUGGGACUCUGAGAAGGGGCUGAACGGCAGUCUGCAGGAACGGCGCUUGGGCAGUGACUUGCAAGGAUUAACACUGAAAGUGGUGACUGUCUUGGUAUGACCAUAUUUGAGUUGAGGAAGCAAAAUGCUCAAAAAUGUUACUUGCUAGUCUCUCUCUCUCUCUCUCUCUCUCUCUCUCUCUCUCUCUCCUUCCUUCCUUCCUUAACCCAUCGUUUAUCCCCCCCCCACACACACUUUAAAGGUUUUGUUCAGUUCUCUUGUCACCUGCAGCACAUGAAUGCUGCAUUAUGCAUGGUAUUGCCUAAUCAGGAAAACAACCAUGAGAAUUUCCAUUUUUGCAGAUUCUCCACUGCAAGGGCCAUGUAGAAUGUUAUGUCAAGGUAUCAAAAUGUUACUUAUGUGUUGCCUUUUUAUACCGCCUUUCUGCCAAGGCACCUAAGGUGAUUUGCAAUUUUAAAUACUUUUAAAAAAAGGUGCAUAGAAUAAAGAACAGGCCAUUGACAAUCAAUUCAUGAACACAGGAAACAGUCGGAACACUGAUCCAUCUAGCUCAUAAUUCUUUGUGGUCUCCCAUAUUCCAUUGCAGUACAGUAUGAUACUUAUGUAACACUUAGAGCUAAUAAAUAUAUACUAGUAGGGGGUGCCCCCCUGCUCACUUUGCUAGUUAUGCUUGCUCUCCCUGCCUCAAUUUUACAUUGCCCAGGAUUUCCCUCUCUUUGUUUAAGAUGGGAGAACUGGAGAUUCAAAACUCCCUCUCCUCUUAGCCCAACUCCACAUCACAAAACCUUUCCAUUCCACCCCAGGUUUAUCUCUAGCUGUCCACCCGUGGGAGGGGGGACUAUAUCUGUCCUCUACCUCCUUUGUCAUGUAGGGCAGAGUAGGAGUUGAGAUUCCUGUUAACUCUCAAGUGCCUCCCCACACAACUCUCCCAUGUUUACCUCAAGUUACCUCCCCCUUUUUUGCGCUUGUGUGGGUAAACCCCUACCGCCACACCUUCUAGGCUGGGGUCAAACCAAUCUCCCUCCCCACACUCUAAACUCCCUCAGCAGACCCAAAUCCUUAUCUCCCGCACCCAAGUUCCCACUCUUAAUUUAAAGCAGGGGUAGGCCUCUUCAUUCUUUUCAGUAAGCGCUUUCAUACCAGGCAGUAUGUUUGGGGAGUGGAUGAAAUAACGUGGACACGAGGAAGUUGCUUGAACAAACUUACCCCAGCAUUACCCUCCAUUUGGCUUCUCCUGCUUUUUCUUUUGCUUUGGGAGUCCAAGGUGGGAUGGUCAACAUUCCUUCACCUGGUAACUUAGCAACAGUGCUUAAGCUUCCUUAGCAAAGCUGCUGCCUGCCAAAGGUGCUGCCUGCCAUCUUAGAGUUGUCUCCAUGCUUUGUUUUAUAACUUCCUUUAGAAAUGUCCAUUGACAAUGAUAAUGAGGUUUUUUUAGAGGUGUGGGAUUCCACGCACACACUAAAAUGUUGCAGGGUGCUUUCUGACUUAUGGCUCAGAUUUUGAACUAAAUAAACUAAAAAGAGAAAGGCUGAUUUCCUAACCUACUGCAGCUCCGGAAAAAGAAAAACCUACAGUGUACUUGCAAAAACAGCACCUAGCUUAGAAGUUAUUUGCUGCGUUGAACAUUGUGACCUCAAUAUGUUAUUUUCUUUCUGUAUCAAAAGUGUAUGGGCAUGCCAGUUGCUUGUUUGUGAUGUCAAAUCCAAGUUGAAAAGAGACUCUAGUCUGCAAUAUGAUGUAUGCAAGCCCCCUCCACCUCGCAGCUUCAAUUCUUUUGCCCCCCCCUUUUGCUUUUGCUAUUCUCUAAGAUCACAGUGCAUUAAAGCAACUUAGAGUGCUUCAGUGAGAUCUUUAGGACACCCCCUCCCCCUGCAAUCUGUUAUUCACUUUCUCCCCUCCAGCUGUUAAGGGUCAUGAUCAGAUCUCCUGUCUGUCCAGGAGGUGAGCUGUUCUACCCCCGAGAAGAUGUCAGCAGCACUUUGCAUAGAUAGCCAAGAGCAACAGCAGUAAAAUCAGUUGGGCUGGCAUCCCCCUGGCAAGUGAGCGUGUAGUCUAUGUCAUAUUGAAACCAUCACCCUACAGGAUCCCCUGUCCUCUUGUGGUUUCCAAAGUGCAGUUCAUUAACUCUCAAAGUACCUCGGGGGGCCAGCCACUCUAAGAUUUAUUUUGGGGUUGGUUUAAAAUUAUGAAUAAUGUAAGAACGAGUAACAGAUUUCUCACUUUUAUCCUGGAAGUCUCUCCCCGCCCCCGCCCCCCUUGGAAAGUCAAUCCAAUAAAUGUGAAGCUAAAGUGCUGGAGGCUUGGCAACAUCACCAUUCUGGGUGCCAUUGAUACCGUGAGCUGGACUAUCUUUGAUUAAUCAUCUUUAAAUUUCCAUUUAAGCAUCAGCUUAAACCUUGCUUUGUUCUCAGGAAGAACCUUUUGUUAUGGUGGCUGAGAAUAUACUUGGACAGCCCAAGCGCUAUAAAGGCUUCUCCAUUGACGUCCUGGAUGCACUUUCGAAGAAUCUGGGCUUCAAGUAUGAGAUCUAUCAAUCUCCAGAUGGCAGAUACGGGCAACAGCUCCAUAACAGCUCGUGGAAUGGCAUGAUUGGAGAACUAAUUAACAAGGUAUAUAGGGCAGAAAGACUAUAUAUUCUAUGAACUGCCUUGAGACCGCCGGGUAUAGGGCCGUAUAUAAAUUCAACUAAUAAUAAUACAGUCAUACCUCAUGUUACGUUUACUUCAUGAUACGUUUGCUUCAUGAUUACUUCCGGGUUUCGCCACUUGUGCAUACUCAGACGCGCAAAAUGACGUCACGAGCAUGCGCAGAAACAGUGAAUCACAAUCUGCGCGUGUGCAGACGCACUGCUGCGGGUUGCGUUCUAUUCAUGUUGCGAAUGGCCUCUGGAACGGAUCCCAUUCACAACCAGAGGUACCAGUGUAAUAAUAAUAAUAAUAAUAAUUGUAGAACGAACUCAACAAGGCAAUCCUAUACCUGCCUAAUCCAUUAUACCUGCUUAAUGAGACUUACUCCCAGGUAAAUGGGUAUAGGAUUUGACCUAAAUUGAGGAUAUGUAACAUGUCAACUAGAGGGACGCGGGUGGCGCUGUUGUUAAAACCUCAGUGCCUAGGACUUGCCGAUCGCAUGGUCGGCGGUUCAAAUCCCCGCGGCGGGGUGCGCUCCCGUCGUUCGGUCCCAGCGCCUGCCAACCUAGCAGUUCGAAAGCACCCCCGGGUGCAAGUAGAUAAAUAGGGACCGCUUACCAGCGGGAAGGUAAACAGCGUUCCUUGGGCUGCGUUGGCUCGCCAGAUGCAGCUUGUCACGCUGGCCACGUGACCCGGAAGUGUCUGCGGACAGCGCUGGCUCCUGGCCUAUAGAGUGAGAUGAGCGCACAACCCUAGAGUCUGUCAAGACUGGCCCGUACGGGCAGGGGUACCUUUACCUUUACCUAACAUGUCAACUAUAUGGAGCCACUUUGCCGGCCUCAAAAUAUUGCCACUGUAAUAAUUACUGCAAUUAAAGACUAAUAUUUGGAAUAUUGCCUUUCUAACAUCAAAAUGUAGAUACUUGGGAUGUGCCAGAAAUCCUUGGAAGAUUUCAUUAGCCUUAUUGAAACAAUAUUGGCUUAUUUUGAAUAUCUCAGAUAUUUUACCUAACGAGAAACUUCCUAUCUGUUUCAAUUUAGCCUGUAAGUGAAAUCCUAGGAAUCUCUCCCUGUGAAAAUUUGCUAGAUUUGUCAACACACUUUUUUGGGUUUCCUCUUGAAAUUCUGCAAAUGUUUCACCUGAGGAGGAACUUGGAAUUGCACUUGAAUUUUCGUUUAUAGGAGAAAUCCAGUGGCCACUCUAAAACAGAUAACUUUGUGAAAUGGCUAAAGGAUGGAACUUACAAAUAGGGGUGUACAUUAUAUGCACACAACAGCAGACUACGAAUUCCCCUUACAUGCUUUAUGGCAUCCUUUCUGCUAUCGCUUUCUUACUAAAAGCCACUCCACCUUGAUUUCCAAGUGGGCUAGAUGCAUGCUUUUUAUAGUAAUGCUAUUUUAUAAUGAACAGUUGAGUGGUUUCCCAAAGAGCAAGUUAUAGUUUUGCCUUAAAGAGAGAGAGAGAGACUUUUAAAAUGUAGAAAAUGGAAAACACAUCUCAAAGUGAUUGAGUCGCAACUGAUUUGGGGGCACUUGUGUUCACUUGGAUUAAGUGAAUGCUGCUUAAAGCAAAGCGGAACAGAUUUCACCAUUUAAUCCUUAGGAGCACAGAUGCUGGAAUAUAUUUUGUAGGAAACAUCACUUCAUUUCUGACUGAGGUUGAACAUUGUCAUAGCGAUAGAAUGAAAUCUUAGGCAUUUAUAUUCAAUGGUGUGGCCUUUUCCAAAUACCUUUGCUCUAUUGCGUUAUACUGUAUUGCUUGUCACCUAGUAUUUCUGCUCAGAGAAAGUUUAAGAUGCAAAUGAAAGCAAAACAUAACAUCAAAAAACUGUUAUGGCUAUAAUGCUGUAGAGGAAUAUCCUUAACCUUAUCACUAUUUCAAAGCAUCUCGGUAGUGGCACCCGCCCUGUGGAACGCCCUCCCAUCAGAUGUCAAGGAAAUAAACAACUAUCCGAGACAUCUGAAGGCAGCCCUGUUUAGGGAAGUUUUUAAUGUUUGAAGUUUUUAAUGUUCUGUUGAAAGCCACCCAGAGUGGCUGGGAAAACCCAGCCAGAUGGGCGGAGUAGAAAUAAAUUAUUAUUAUUAUUAUUAUUAUUAUUAUUAUUAUUAUUAUUAUCCUGGAUGUUCAUGUCACCUUCUUUGUUUGUUGCUUUGAAAUAACACACUCAGUCCUCAGAAAAUCAGUCUGCUUUGGGAGCGUUUCAGGAUAGGCUGCUUUGCGCAUGUGAAAAAAGCUACACAUGAGCAGGGCUGAGCAUGCAAAGCUCCACCUCCAAGUUGUAGAGCAGCCUUUCUCAACCCUCAACAAGAGUUUCCCAAACUUGGGCCUCCUGCUGUUUUUGGACCACAGUUCUCAUAAUCCCUGACCACUGAUCCUGCUAGCUAGGGAUGUUGGGAGUUGUAGUCCAACAACAUCCGGGAACCCAAGAUUGAGAAAGGCUGUUGUAUAGGGAGAAGCUGUGUAGUGGAAGGCCUCGGAGAAGCACCCUGCUUUAGUCCAUCACCUUCCACAAAUGGAAGUGGGAGCGGGUAUAGAGCUCCUAUGCAAAUCCCACACACAGGCAGAAUGCCUGGGCAGGACUAUGGGGCUCCUCUUUUGAUCUGUCCAUUUCCUGCUAAGUCUUAAAGGGACACCAUCAGCAUGUUAUUCUUCACAGCAAAAUCGUUUUAGGAAUGCAAACUUCUCCACCUUGUUUCCAAUUGUUCAUUUCUAUUCAUCAUUGCAGCACAAUUCAUGCAUUGAUGUAGGGUACAGUGCGUACAAAAACAAGUUAGCACAUAAGAUGAAUAGUUCGUACAGUGAGUUGUAUGCAGUAAUAAGCAAUCACCAGCACCCUAUGCUUUCUUCUUCAUGAUGGUUCAGUGAAAUGUUUUGCACAUCUAGAGUGGUUUUGGAAUUGUAUUUUUCAAAGAGCAGCCCCACAUAUGCCGCAGAUGGGAAGGUAUUUGUGGACAAGGUGGAGACUUUCCAAAGGAGCUUUGUUAUGACAUAGGCUGACCUACCGUUUCACUUGAAGCAGUCAAUAGUCGCAGUUCCACUCAGCACAUCCAAGCCUUUUGAAUCCCAGACCUUGGGUACUGAAAUUUAUUUGAAUGGAUAAGGGUCCUGCAAUUAUAGUUCAUUUGCAUACACAACAAAAUCAUGUUGUGCAUUCUCUCCCCCCCCUCCCCCCGGACUUUACCAUUUAGUCUGAAUGUUCUUCACAACGCCCUCUCCCCUACACAGAAAAGUAGCAUGCAAGAGAGAAAGGCUCCCAGUGGUAUUCUAGUUUUCUAUGGGUAGAAAAUCUGUUUCUUUCUUUCUUUGUUUUAUAAUGGUAGAACAUUGAAACCUUCACCUGCAUCCUAAGAAAGAAACAGGAGAAUUUCCACCCAAAGUUAACUAACUCGCUGCCCUCAUGCUAAGCAGGGCAUCACAUCUUUCCCCCACCAGAAUCUGUGUCCACACCAGUGAUAAUGUCCCCAGCCCUUCUUCAUUCUGAAGGACUUAAAAUAUACAGAGGCCAGCGCCAGUCCAAUAUGUUUUGUUGCCUGAAGCGGAGCUCAGAUGGCAUCCCCUCCUUGCUUUAAAAAGCCUUACGGCACCAUUUAGACACCAGUUCAUCUAUUCCCAGCUCUGUGGUGCUUCCUGACACCAGUCAGGCAUGCAGCAUGGCAGGGCUAAAUAUGCAAUUUUUUUUCCUUUUUACAAAUAGCCAGAGUGGAUUGCUGCAUCUAGUCCUGGUCUUUGGUGGAGUGGGGCUUGUUUUCCCCCCUCUCCGCCAUAACUUUUUCGGAGCAGAACCUAGCAGUUUUUCUCCCUCCUUCCCACCUUUCCUUUGCUGAUGAAUGGCAAACAGUUCCGCUGGACCAGGAAAGGCUCUGACCAUUGUUUCUGUUCCCUUUGCAGAGAGCUGACUUGGCCAUCUCCGCCAUCACUAUCACACCAGAACGGGAGAGUGUUGUAGACUUCAGCAAGCGCUAUAUGGAUUAUUCUGUAGGAAUCCUGAUCAAGAAACCAGAAGAGAAGAUCAACAUCUUUUCUCUCUUUGCCCCCUUUGAUUUUGCGGUGUGGGCUUGCAUCGCUGCGGCCAUCCCUGUUGUUGGCGUCCUGAUAUUUGUGCUGAACCGAAUCCAAGCAGUAAGAGCCCAGAACUCUUCUCAGUCCACUGCCUCCGCUUCCUCCACACUUCACAGUGCCAUUUGGAUUGUGUACGGGGCCUUUGUUCAGCAAGGUACUUGGUCAAGUAUUUUUCUGUCUGACAAAAAACCCACAGUACUGAUGGCUAUUCACUACUUUUCAGUCUCAGCACAAAAGGGUAGGCCGUGGACUAACCUUUCGCAAAUAACUGCUUGAAGGGUACAUUACAGAACUUGUUCUGCUACUGACAAUACGCUUUGAGUUGACAUAGCGUGAUUUCACAGUGCACAAAACAUGUAUAUUUCUGUACUCCGAGCUGCUUGUUAAAGUCUCAUUUUCAGUUGUUAUUUUAUUUCUCCCUCACACUUUAAAAGUAGUAUUCUAGGGCAGUGAUACACAAAACACUAUGUUGGUCUUUUAAGCUGACCCCAAAUAAUCCGUUUGUGCCAAAUUAUAUACUUGUGAGUGAACAAGACAUGAUUUUAUUAUUCUUUAUUAAAUUUCUAUACCGCCCUUUGCAGGGUGGUUUACAGUAUACCCCCACAUAUAAAUUAUUCUACUUUUGAAAACACCCAUAUACAUAUGUUUUGUUUGUUAUUUUAGGACAUUAGGAGGGUAGUAUUUUAUGGCUUAUGUAAAUGUGCUGAAGUUUCCCCCCACUAUAUAUAUUUAUAUUUAUAGCAAAUUGUUGUAGUAUUUAUGCUUUGUGGCUAUAAAAAAAAGCCUUAAGUGCCAUUAGUCUUAAGUGCAGGGUGAACUUUUUGAAAAGUGACUGGAGUAAAAAUUACUCACUGCGGUCAAGAGCUGCUAACUGUAGCUCCAGUUGAUGUGCAUUGCCCUAUAAAAGCUAGCUGAGCCUCUGAAAUAAAUUUUCUGAUACAAGGUCUGUCUCAAACGCACAAGCUACCUUGCCUCUUUGAGCCAAGCUACUGGAGCAGAAGAAUCCCCAACAGCGCUCACAUAUGUUAUGCAUAUACAACCCAGGUUUCCUAAAGUAACCAGCACAUAAACAGAUACAUACAGAAAUGCGUGUACCUCUGAAAUAACAUGUACGUCUUAAUACAGUUACAUAAUUAUGCUGCAAAAAUGUAGAUGACUAUGAAUGAGCUGCUGAGGUAUUAGAGGGCACUCAGUAAAAUAGGCAGUCCGAUGUAAACAAGACGCGGUCAGAGUGAAACUGCCAGAUUCGGCGUAUAAAUCUGUUUAAUUCUUCCUCCAUCCCUGUUUUGAACAUGCGGAAAAUUCUCACCACAUUAUUUUGUUGUUCUCAUAGCUAAGCUCUGUAUGUAACUCUGACAUGAGAGCCAGUGUGGUGUAGUGGUUAAGAGCGGUAGUCUUGUAAUCUGGGGAACCGGGUUCGCGUCUCUGCUCCUCCACAUGCAGCUGCUGGGUGACCUUGGGCCAGUCACACUUCUUUGAAGUCUCUCAGCCCCACUCACCUCACAGAGUGUUUGUUGUGGGGGAGGAAGGGAAAGGAGAAUGUUAGCCGCUUUGAGACUCCUUAAAGGGAGUGAAAGGCGGGAUAUCAAAUCCAAACUCUCUUCUUCUUAGUGACUGAAAGAACAGAGGUUAAAGGGCAAGAGGAAUUUUCCAUGGAGUGCAGGGUCCACUGUGGCAUUCAACACUAAAAGGACGUCCCUCCCUAACUGCUGCACUCUUUUUGCAGUGUCCGUAUUAUACCUAUUUUCAGCCUGUGCUCCUACUGGGAGGAGAGUUGCGUAGUUCAAUGCAUGCUGUAGCCAGCAGCAUCUCAUCAUACAGUGAAGCAGACUCCUAAGAAUGUAAACGCUCCGUCACUGGAUCGGAUCAAAUUGCAUUUAGCCCAAAUAGACGCCUCUAGAAAUGCAAAAAGUCGGGCAAUAAAUAAAGACAACAAUGGUCCUACCCUGCCUAGGGUCUGGUAAAAAAUAAUGUGAAGAGUAGAUUAGAGCUUGUUCCAUUAUUCCUUAACCUUCCACAAGUUAAUAGGAAUGAUCCAGCUACAUAUAAACAUCUUCUGGCCCUUUAAUUUCAAAGUUAGAGAUAAGCUAAUCUGUAACCAAAACAAAUAGAAUUGUAGAGACCUUCUUCUUCUUUUCUAGAUUAUUCCCGAAUGUGCUCUUUUGUCAACUGACUUCAUUUGAAGUCUUGCAUUUCAAGCUGAAUUUUGUUGAUUACCGCAUGGAAGUAAUCCCCCCCCUUAAUUACAAGGAUACAUCUUGCAAGGUUGUUAGAAAAGAAAUUGGGAGAGGAGCAAGAUGCAAAACUUUUAAUGGGAAACUUUGCCCACUAAAUGUGGUCUCAUUGAGAUAGUUGUCUCACAAGCUUCAGUAAUAUAAGAAAAGAAGCACUUUAAAUUAAGCAACCAACAACAGGUGUAAUCAAAGAUCGACUGAUAGUGAAUGUGCCUUUGAAUUAAAGGAGAAGCACAAUUGUGUAGGAAUCAUAUAUCCCCAUAAAUGAUUUAAAAACAGAUCAAGAAAUGAUAUAACUAGCGCCAUAGUCUCUUGCACAUAAUUUGUUUUAUCUUAAUAAAUAACUAAAGUCACCAUCUUUGCUUGGGGUGCUUAGUUUUGGUCAGGUUUGUAUAGUUUUCUAUAGUACAGUAUGGGGAUUUACAGCUUUUUGCUUCCUAUACCAUUACACUUUCCUUUCUAACUGGGGGAUAUGAAUGCAGUAAAUAAAUAAACAAAUGUGAUGUUUCACUCACCCUAAAUAUGGUUUCGCAUGACCCGUUUGUGCCAUUACAUGGUGAUUUUUGACAACGCACUGAGGAAACAAGUCUGUGGCAAAUGUUUUUCUUUGGGUUGUGCCCAAUAGAGUUGCCAUCAAGAUCUGAAGUGAAUUUAGCUUCUUAACAAGCAAAAUCUUUCUGAAUUUUAGGAGAAGCCAAAAGAGUUUCACUAAAACUGUGGACGCUUUUCAGUGAGUUCUAGCUUUUAGUGGAUUACUUCUAAAAUGGAAUGAAAAGCACAAAUGGAUUCCUGAGGGAUUUUGAGGAAAUCACAAUGUUGACAGGACCAGGGAAACUUCUCAGAAGGGUUCUGAACAUUCCCAGGUCAAAUAUGUAUUUGUCUCAGUAUGUCCAAAUUUUGAUGAAGAACAUGUUUAUAAUAGUAAAAUGCCCAUGAGGCACGUGCAGGUCCAGUGUCUAAUUUUAGACAUGUUACAAGGAGUGCUAUAAACCAAGAAGAAGCAAUAAAAAUAUGUCAUUAAUGUUUUGAUGUUUUCGGAUAUGUUUCAGUAAACCACUUGGGAAUUUCAGAGCCAAUUUACACAUUCCUUUAACUCACCUAGCAAGAGGUGGUGGGGCAAAUGACAAAUAGGUUCUCUCAUGGUUAAAUAUUCCUCUAUAGUUGAAUAUUCCUCCCUGCCCUUAAAGACUAGUUAUCUCAGGGAUUGGGAUGCAGACUAUUAAACUCCCUAACACGCACAUUUUUGUCAUGGAGUGUGGCUUCCACCCACCAUGGCCGUGUAUUCAAAUAUACAACCUUCAACCUGUAGUGUAAAACUUGAUCUACACAUGCAGACAGAUCACAUGGUACAGAGUUCGCAGAACUGUAGCAUUUUGUCUUUUAAUCCCCACAAUUGUGUAAAUAUGUGUUUCUUUUUGUGUGUGUGUACAUCCAGCUUUUUAUGAUGAUGUUCAUUAAAAUACAAAAGUUGUGGGCUUAGAAUGCUAACAGAUAACUACAAGACAGGAGUUAUAGACCGGCAUUAGCCUUUGUAAAUUAGUUCCCAAGAGCUCACUCAUUUUCUUAUAUUUCAGGUGGUGAAUCUGCAGUCAAUUCCAUGGCGAUGCGGAUUGUGAUGGGUAGCUGGUGGCUCUUCACUCUUAUUGUGUGUUCAUCCUACACAGCGAACCUAGCGGCGUUUCUCACUGUGAACAGAAUGGACAAUCCUAUCAGGUAAGAGCUUUUCCCUACCACAUAGCCGAGAAACCUGAACAUUUAAAUAAUAAUAAUAAUAAUAAUAAUAAUAAUAAUAAUAAUAAUAAUUUAUUAUUUAUACCCUGCCCAUCUAGCUGGGUUUCCCCAGCCACUCUGGGUGGCUUCCAACAAAAUAUUAAAAUACAAUAGUCCAUCAAACAUUAAAAGAUUCCCUAAACAGGGCUGCCUUCAGAUGUCUCCUAAAAGUCUGGUAGUUGUUUAUUUCCUUGACAUCUGAUGGGAGGGCAUUCCACAGGGUGGGCGCCACUACCGAGAAGGCCCUCUGCCUGGUUCCCUGUAACUUCACUUCUUGCAGGGAGGGAACCGCCAGAAGGCCCUCGGCACUGGACCUCAGUGUCCAAGCAAAACGAUGGGGUGGAGACGCUCCUUUAGGUAAACUGGACUGAGGCCGUUUAGGGCUUUAAAGGUCAGCACCAACACUCUGAAAUGUGCUCGGAAACAUACUGGGAGCCAAUGUAGGUUUUUCAAGACCGGUGUUAUGUCGUCUCGCCAGCCGCUCCCAGUCACCAAUCUAGCAGCCGCAUUCUGGAUUAGUUGUAGUUUCCAGGUCACCUUCAAAGGUAGCCCCAUGUAGAGCGCAUUGCAGUAGUCCAAGUGGGAGAUAACCAGAGCAUGCACCACUCUGGUGAGACAGUCCGCAGGCAGGUAGGGUCUCAGCCUGUGUACCAGAUGGAACUGGUAAACAGCUGCUCUGGACACCAAAUUAACCUGUGCCUCCAUGGACAGCUGUGAGUCCAAAAUGACUCCCAAGCUGUGCACCAGGUCCUUCAGGGGCACAGUUACCCCAUUCAGGACCAGGGAGUCCUCCACACCUGCCCACCUCCUGUCCCCCCCAAACAGUACUUCUGUCUUGUCAGGAUUCAACCUCGAUCUGUAAACACGAAGAAAGGUGUAUUGGGCAGGAAGGAGGGCAUUUGAAAAGGUUUGGGGACAGCAGUUGCAGUUUGUGAGAAAUACCCACUUGGAAUGAAAAAGCCUCACUCGCCUAACUUUGUUUUGCCAUCGCUUAUCAGAAACUAAUUCAAAAUUUCCUCUGAAACUGUCAAUGCUGGGAAACUGCAGUGCUAUUAUUUAUUGAAAAAUGUUAAUUCUGCUUGAGAGGCCAGGCUCUAGGAUCUGCCAUAUGGCUACAGCUGCACAGGCUCAUGAAGCAAAAACUAUAGAACAUCUGGCCUUAAUGUUUGCGGGAUGUAUUUGUGUAACCUCAGUUGUAUGUGUCAUUUCAUAUAGUUAUGCGCCGAAAAUUGCACGUGCGUAAGGGAACACGCUUCCACAGCGUGGUUGCACUGAGAGCAGCAGAGGUCUUGGAAGCAGUAGAGUGGAAGAUAGUACACAUCAUAUAUCAGCAUGGUAAAUCUCCCUGGCUUAUAAAAGUACUUCAUACUUUUACCCUUAGUAGUACAUUUAGCCUUUUUACCUUUCUCUGUGUCAGUGAUUAAAACUUCCAGCCAUUCAUCCUGAGGUGCAAUUGCAUCCAGCUGUCAACAAAAUUGGCAAGAGCCAGCUUCCAGCUGAUUCGUUACAGUCAGUGAUAAUGUACAAAGGAGACAGCAAGACAAUUUCAUCUGAAGAUACCUGCUUAAAUAUAUAUAUGUAAUUUUCUUCCCACAUUUCUUUCUGGAAACAUUAAUUGAUUCUUCCAUCUCAACUUAACACUAAAGAACUAUUUGCAGGCCUCAGUCCUUUCCAGACCCUCCAAGUGUCCCUAUUUUCCAGGGACAGCCUUGGAUUUACAAAAAGCCAUACUGGUUUCUGAUUUGAUCCCAGAAUGUCCCACUUUUCCUUAGAAUACUCCUAUUUCCAUCUGAGAAAUGUUGAUGGUAGGAAGCCUCUAUUUACAUUGGAUAAAUGUUGGAAGGCAUGGAGUUAUGUGACCCAUGAGCCAAGGAGAUGAGAACUAUACAACCUUUAGAAGACAUCUGAAGGUAGCCCAGUACAAGGACGUUUUUUAAUGUUUAGUAUUUUAUUUCUAUUUUUAUAUGUUGGAAGCCACCCAGAGUGGCUGGGGCAACCCAGUCAGAUGGGCGGGGUUCAAAUAAUAAAAUUAUUAUAAUUAUUCUGGAAUAGGACAUCCCUAUUUUCAUUUGAGAAAUGUUGGAGGGUACGCCUUUCCCUGUUGCUGGAGUAGAUUAGCUCAGUUCUAAAGAAGCUGAAAGUGUCUUUUGUUUCUCUGAAAACCUUUCAGCUCAUCAGAAGAACUUGUGCUUGAGUGCUGCUAUAUUCUGCAUUUGAAAUUCUUUACCUGUUAAAAUUAUCGAUGGAGCCCUUUUCUCUACUGUUACCUCCAAACAGAGAAUACCCCAUUACUGCAUUCCUUCCAUGAUAGACUGUAUGGCUUAGCCUUUAAGCUUGUAUUUCUGUUUUCUAUGAGUCCCCCCCCCCACCUGAGCUCAGUGAUAAACUCUUUACGUACCCAGGAGCCAUGACCUGCCGUCCCACAACAUGUCUUGAAAGGACUACCCGUGACAAUAUUCUUUUGGUUCAAAUUAGGCCACAACUUUAUUGAUUCCAGAUGGAUGGGGUUUUGGCAUAGACAUUGGGUAUAUGUCUUUGCCAGUGUGGUGUAGAGAGCCAAUGUGGUGUAGUGGUUAAGAGCAGUGGACUCGUAAUCUGGUGAACAGGGUUCGCUUCCCCGCUCCUCCACAUGCACCUGCUGGGUGACCUUGGGCUAGUCACACUUCUCUGAAGUCUCUCAGCCUCACUCACCUCACAGAGUGUUUGUUGUGGGGGAGGAAGGGAAAGGAGAUUGUUAGCCGCUUUGAGACUCCUUAGGGUAGUGAUGAAGCAGGAUAUCAAAUCCAAACUCUUCUUGUUGUUUCAACCAGCCCACCUGUUGAUUUAUUCUCCAAGGGGUUGAACCAGUGGUGAGGAAGUCCUCUGACAUAUGUCAAAUAGGUGCUUCCCCACACAGAUCACUACUGAGGAGAGCUGUGGCCCUAGACCCUGCCUGGGCAUCCAAACAGGAGACCUCCUCUAGGAUCCCUUUAAUGGGUUACUCAAUUCCCUUGGAGGGACUUACAACCUUCCCUCCGACCAUGACCAGGUUUUUUACCCAAUGCCUUACCCACCAAAGUUGUUACAAUUGCUACGAGGUAGGAAAAAACCUCAGGUUGGCCAAGUGACCAGAAAGACAAAUACCGUAUUUUUUGCACCACAACACUCACUUUUUUCCUCCUAAAAAGUAAGGGGAAAUGUCUGUGCGUGUUAUGGAGGGAAUGCCUACGGGUGGCAUGCCUAUGGAUUUUCCUCCUCUAAAAACUAUGUCCGUGUUAUGGUCGGGUGCGUGUUAUAGAGCGAAAAAUACGGUACCUCCCCAGCCCCUAAUAUGGCAACCAAUCAUAAUUCACAGCAAGGUCAGGAAACAAAUGCUACCCCCAAGAAUGGUAGGAGCUGGCCUAACUGUUGGGCAGUUAGGAGGGAGAGACUGUGAAACAGAAGUGCCGUGUGAGGGGCCGGCACUCUUUAUAUACUCUGGGAGCAGACCUGAGUGAAGACUACAAGCGACCCAGUCAGGCUUGCUUGCCGAACAUGCCCGCCCCUUGUUCUGGCUGCUGUUGGCCCACUUGCAACCAAUUCAAAUGCUUCCCAGCCAGCAGAAGAGGUUUUUUACAUCUCCUUUCUGCUGAGGACCCAGCCAAAGCGUCUGUGGAGGCAGCAGGCUGCACCAUGCUGCAAUGCCACGGUACCCUUGGCAGUUUGCAAUAUACAGUGGUACCUCGGGUUAAGAACUUAAUUCGUUCUGGAGGUCUGUUCUUAAUCUGAAACUGUUCUUAACCUGAGAUCCCACUUUAGCUAAUGGGGCCUCCUGCCGCCGCUGCACCACCGCACGAUUUCUGUUCUCAUCCUGAAGCAAAGUUCUUAACCAGAGGUACUAUUUCUGGGUUAGCGGAGUCUGUAACCUGAAGCGUCUGUAACCCGAAGUACCACUGUACUGGGGAAGCUUCUGCAUGGAAUGGGGUGUGUGGAGGGAGAAGUCUUCCAUUAGAUGGUUUAGGCAAGCCACUCUCUCCCAACACCUCAACAAUUUUCAGUGGGGUGAUGUUAAUACUGAUCUGUGUUUCACUGUUGUGAGAAGUAUCUGUUAGGAUAUUUCCGUUCCACCUUAAGAAGGGAGCAGGCUGUUGUGUGUCACAAGCCUGCGUACUUCCUGCUCACAGGCAGUUUCCGUUUUGUAUAUAGCUUUUGUUCUGGCUGUUUCCUCAAGCAGUCAUGUUUUUCCUUUGUUCUGACCAACGUUGAAUAAAACUGUAAAACAUGCUCUCCUGGGUGAAUCUUCCGUUGUGGAAACUCUGCGAAAAGGGCGUGCAUGAGUCUUGGAACGCGUCUGAGGCUCGUGUCGCUAAUUGACUGAUACUGUUCUGAUGGGAGUCUGGAGUUCAUCCAGAGACGACGAUGGAGGUCUGCCUGAUGAGGCUGCCUGAUGGCCUCUGUCUCCCUGGCAGUAUCCCAACAACAGGUUAUGGGCCCAGCACGCUUCCACUGCGCCACUCUGCAAACUUCCAAAGAGAUUUGCUGAUGAGUUUGCUAAGACAGCAACUGCUGUUCUUAGUAGCUCAGAGAAGGUGUGGGAACCUUCAAGCUUCAAAGAGGUUCAGGAGUUAACCUCUAAAGAUGCUGAGCCAUGGCCCGGGCUUCCCCCUCCCCCAGCCCUGCAAGCUCUGGGAGCGAUGGUAAGGUUGAGCGCAACCUCGCUUUCGCUCCCGGACCCCCAGCCCCGAGGCUAAAAACGAAGCCAGGACAGCUAGCAGGAUCCAUCCCGCUCACUGUCAUGGCUUCUUUGCUCUUUGGGACUCAGGGGGGAAAUAAUUUUUUUUCUUUAUUUCCCCCCCCCCAAAAAAAAAAUAAGUGCGCCCUAUGGGCCGGUGCGCCCUAUAGGGCGAAAAAUACGGUACUUGCACUGGUAUGCUUUUGAACUGCUAGGUUGGCAGGACCUGGAACAGAGCAAUGGGAGCUCACCCCAUUGCAUGCAUUCAAACCGCCGACCUUCCAAUCAUCAAGCCCAAGAGGUGCAGUGGUUUAGACCACAGUGACAUCCGUAUCUAUACACACACACACACACAAACAAACAACAACAAAAACAUCCCAAGUUCAAUUCAUGUAGGUUUGGGACAGAUUUCUGUCUGAAUCUGUGGAAGCUUCCUCAACCUUGGCUUGAGACUACAAUUCCCAUCAUCCCUGACCACUGGUUCUGCUAGCUAGGGAUCAUGGGAGUUAUAGGCCAAAAACAUGUGGAGGGCUGAGGUUGAGGAAGCCUGAUACAGACACUACUGAGCUAGAUGAACCAACAGCCUUGACUCUGAAUAAGGCAGCUUCCUUUCUGCCUAGAAAACCUUUAGCAUGUUUUAUCUGGAAGGAGUUUUCUGGCAUUCAUUUCUGUAAGGUACUUUCAAACAUUAUAUGAUUAUUGCCAUUUGGAUGCCAAACUCUCAUCUGAUUCAUCCAGUGCCAGGCAUAGAGUCCUGCUGUGUGUUUCUUGUGCUAAUGCAUAUUGCUUUUGCUUUUUUGAAUGGAUUUCCAGUUCCCCAAGCAUUAUAAUUACACAUAGUACAGAACAGCUGUUUGCUACUUUGAGCUUCCCCAGGCUUGUAAGGAACACACAUCUGAAUUAGGUUUCUUUUCAGAAAUAGUGAGAUUCAGGACAUCAAAUCAUAGCUGCCAGUCACACCCACUCAUCUGAAAACCAGUCAUCUUCCGAGAUUUCCUCCCAGUGUUAGUUUGCUAACCCCUCUCCCCCCAUGUUACCUUCCUGCCCCCUCAAAGAAUGUUCGACUGGACUACAAUGCCCUCUUCCCACUAUUACAUGAUUCCUUUCCCUUUUAUUCUCAUCACAACUCUAUAAUACAGCAAUCUGAGAGAAGACCACCAAGGCUGAGUGGAAAUGCAAUCUGAAUCUCCUCCAUCCGAGUCCAGCGCUCUUCCCACCACACCACUUAGGGCUUACCCAACUAUGGGCGUCACUUGUCCACUCUGCCUUCCUGGAGCCAUGGCAUCUGCUGUGUAGCCCAGGCCUGUGUGUGCCUGAAUUUAAUUAGAGAUGAUCUGGAUUCCCAGGUUGCUGCUUGUUUGCAAGGAUAAGUGUGUGGAGUUUGCAACUACAUACAUAUUCUAGGGCCCAGGUUCAGGAGCACCCUUCUGGUAUUAAUUAAGUGCCACGCUAAAAACAAACAAAGUAGGACACAUAGAAAAGUAGGCUGUCUGCAAAUUCAAAGGCAUUUCAAAUUAAAGCCUUUGUCAGAUAAGCUUUUACAUUUGCAGUUUUUUAUGAAUAUUUUAGGUACGUCUGUUUAACUCUGUUCCUUGAUUGCACACACAGAGCGUGUCUAUUUAUAUAAUCAUAUCUAUUGUCUGGUGAUUUGGAGUGUUGUCAGAAUUUGGACCUUAAUUCCCAAGUUUUCAUGUUUGUUUAUGUCAAGGUUGAAAACCGAGUCAAGUAAGACCCCUGUUAACAUGAUCUUCCCUUCUUUGUUUUCUUGAGGAUAAAUAAUCACGUAUAUCAGCAUUUACACGGAGCACCCAGCCCACAAGUGAUCUUUUGUGUGUGAUGCAUUGCACCUUCCCCACCCAUUUCUCUGCCCAUGUCAGUCUGUUUUAAAGUCUUUCAGGCAGGGAGCUGCCUCUUUGAAAUUUAUUGGUCAGCAUCUAAUAAUUUAGCCCUUUAUAAAUAAGAUAAGAUGAAGUUGAGCCCUUGGUUCUAACCCUUUUGCUCUUGAUUGUGAUUUCCCCUUCUGCUGUCAACCACUUCCUAGCAUCUUCCUGUUGUUAAGGGUGGGGUGGUUCCAUAGCAACAAUAGAAUUUCACUACUGUCAGGAUGUAUAGAGGCAGCACAUUUCCCAGGCAACCAUACAAUGGCCCCAUUCAUUCUUUGUACACAGAGGCAGAUUUACGGGAGCGUGAUUGGUUCGCUCACACCAGGUGCCAAGCCGAGGGGGCACCGGAACAGUGACUUAGAACGGAAGGCAAUAGAGGGGGGCACUGAAAUUUGAAAGCCCAGAUUCCGCCACUGUUAUCUGUAUAAUAAAAGAGGAUCAGAUUUGUGGCAGAAACUUGCCACCCCUUUGCCCGCUACUCAAGAGAUAAGAAUCCACCCAUCAAAUAAAUACAUAGGUGGACAGAGCCUGAUAGAAACCGUACUAGAACCUUAGAGCAGGAGGAAUACUAACAAAGAUGUCUUGGAAAGGGUGCAACAUUCACUGCAUGUUGUUUUUCAUGAGACAAUCUUUAAAAUUCCAAAUCAACUGAAAUGAGUUUGUAAACCCCCUCUUGCAUCUUCCGACCAUCUGCAUUUGUGAAGAUUGCCCCAGUGUGGUAUAUGUGACUUUCCCAGGGCUUUCCAGGCUGUCUAACAGAAGAGAUGCCUUUGCUUAUAAAUUAAGCCAUGCAGGCACAAAGUAAGGAAAUAAUCUCAAAUGCCUCAUAAUUAAGUGUCUCUAGCUUGUAUUUAGGGAUAGGGAGACACAUUCUGCAAUAUUGCAGACUCACAUUGCCAACAUAUUAUUUGUGAUCCUUGUCAGCGACUCUGAGGCUGGAAUCUUGGUGAUCCCUGGAAGGCUAGUGCUUGGUGUUAAAGGCCCAUCUGCCCUAUGGGUGAGCCGGCUCUGAGCAACACUGUUUCAUAGUUGAAAAAGCUUAACUGCAUCUAACAGAUAGUGAUAGAAACAGACUAGCACAGAAACAAACAGGCAUAAUAAAUUAACAAUAUUGAACCUGUUUAACAAAUUCCAGUAAUGUAAAACUGAGCCAACAAAGUUUGUAUAACUAUCCAAAUGACUUUUUAAAAAGCAUAGUCUUCAUCAGUCACCUUGAAGUAGUCUAGUAAUGGGGACUGACAGACCUCACUUAGGAAGCCAUUCUAUGGAAUGAGAGACACAACGGAAAGAACGCUAGUCAUGGUUGGCACCAGUCCUGCUUCCAAGGUUGGAGGAUUUCCAGGAAAGCCCUAGAUAAUUAUCAAAGUGCAGAGAUGGAACUUACAGAAGUAGGCACAUGCUCAGGCACCAAGUAACUAAUAAUAAUAAUAAUAAUAAUAAUAAUAAUAAUAAUAAUUUAUACCCUGCCCUCCCUGGCCAGAGCUGGGCUCAGGGUGGCUAACACCAGUAAAAUUACAGUAAAAACAUAAUGGGGGGAGCCAAUUUAAAAUACAGGUUAAAAUGCAAUUUAAAAUGCAGCCUUAUUUUAAAAGUAGCCCAUAGAUCAAAACCAUAAGGGGAGGGAACAUAAGGGUCAGACUGAGUCCAAACCAAAGGUCAGGCGAAACAGCUCUGUCUUGCAGGCCCUGCGGAAAGAUAUCAAGUCUCACAGGGCCCUAGUCUCUUGUGACAGAGCAUUCCACCAAGUUGGGGCCAGUACUGAAAAGGCCCUGGCCCUAGUUGAGCCCAAUCUAACCACCUUGUGACUUGGGACCUCCAAAAUGUUGUCAUUUGUGGACCUUAAGGUCCUCCGCAGGGCAUACCAGGAGAGGCAGCCCCGUAGGUACGUGGGUCCUAGGCCGCAUAGGGCUUUACUAGACCAGCACCUUGAAUUGGGCCCAAAAAAAUAAUUGGCAGCCAUUGCAAAUCACGUGGAACUGGUGGGAUAGAAUGAAUGUCUAGUUUUCAUUAGCAUUUCAAUCUGAUAACGUAGAGACAGGCAGGAAACCUCUUUCUGUUAUGUGCCUGUCAUUGACAUCCUGAGAAAGAAUCGGCCAUGAUGGGCUUAAGUUUAGUACGAACCCUUAGAGAGAUGAAAAGGGUUUACCAAUUUAUAAAGUAAGGUAGCAAAUGUUCCCCAGUGGGGAUGGCCUACACUAUUCAUAAGAAGAGCUGUACAUUAUAAUUUCCACAGAGUGCACACUACAUGUUCUAGCAAUCAAACGUCUCUUUGGUAUUUCUCUGCAUUUCCCCGUUGCUUCCUUGAAGCACGAACUGCUCUCUCCUCUUUCUCUUUCCAAGCUGUGGAAGCAACAUCAAGGAAGCAUACUUUAGAGCGUGCCCUAGAACUUUUAAUACCGCAAGCCCUGUCAGAUUCAAGAACUUCAAAAGGAGUCCUUUGUAGACUUUCUUUUCAUAAGACUAAUGGGAUUGCCAAAGUGAGAGUCCCAGUGACCUCUGCUUGUUCUGAUUCCAUAGCAAAGUUCCAGAUCUACCUUCAGUUUAUUAACAUUUUUCAGUGCAUGCGUUAUCAGUGAAUGGGAUUAUGAAAGGGAAAAUAAUGAACCACCAGCACUGUAGGUUAUGCAAAUCAGACCAUUUAAUUAAAGCGCUAUUUUUUAAACCACUCCACAAUAAUACUUUUAUUGACUUCUAUAUUGCAAGUUUGUAAUUUCAUUUAUUUAUUAGAUUUUCAUUGCCCCCUAACCUGGAUGGAAGCACCAUUUGUCUCACAGAGAUGCCAACAAACUUUUUCAGAGUUAGGCCUAGGAAUGAGCUACUAGGGCUCAGUAAUGUUUGCCUCAAAAUAAGAGAUAAGAAUUCAAAGCCCCGGGAUUCUUCUGCAGCUUAGAUUAAAAAAAAAAAAAAUGAGAGGGAAAAGGCGUAUUGAAUAAAUAGCUUCUUAAAGAAGAUACGGGGUUAGAAGCCAAAGCCCAUACCCCAGUGGGAGAGUGGGCUUUUGCAACUAGCAUGAUCCCCCCCCCCCAAUAUAGUUCUUCAAAGCAGCUCCCCAGUAAAGUGAUAAAGAUGGUUGACAAUGACUCUGCUAGGAGGCUGCGUUGAAGAGCUACCCUUGGUGAAACUGGGAGGGGGACAUCACUAUCAAAUCUACUUGGGCUGCAAGGAUCUCAUACAGAUGGACUUUCUCUAAGAGUAGCCCUUCAGCUGAGCUCCCUUGCAAAGCCAUUGACAACCACCUCUGUUGCUUUGCUAGAGGGCUAUGUUGGAAAAGUACAUCUUGGAAAACAGGAAUGGGGGCCAAAAUCCCAAACCCUGUGGAAGAAUAUUUUACCCCAAGGUUCCUCCGUGGGCCUUUGGGGCGGGGAUGGGCUUUUUCAUCCAGUUUUCCUGGGGACAUCUCUUCAAAGCUGCAAAGCCACAUGGAAACAUUAGCUUCCCCCAUGGUUCCUCAGCAAGCUGAGCUUUUUACCAAUGCUUUGGUAAAUAUAUCAGCCCAAUUCAAAGCCAAUCUGACAUGAACUGAUAGGAGCUGGCUGGCAGCUCCCAGUCUUGGCUACCAUGUUUCUUUACUGCACAUGAUACCAUGGUCUCUUGGGAAUGUGGUGUUCAGUUUUAACUGGUCAAAAAGAAAAUCUGGCCAGCUCAGCUGCUAAAUAUAGCCAAGUCACGGUCAACUCUUAUAUAAAUGAUUGCCUUUUAGAACUGUUAGAAUAAACAAAUAAUUAUGCUGAAUGUCAAAACUAUUCUGUUCCAGAGAACCCUUUAAUCAUGUCCUGUCAGAAUCUUUAUCGAGCACUAUGCCAAAUUACCGGUACAUGGAAGCCCCUUUUAGCCCAAACAAUCUCAGUGGACUCUCUGGUACUUCUGAUUCCUGUGUCACUGGAGUGAUUGCUCUUCUGUUUAUUUCUUCCUGAAGUCUGUAUUCCAGUUCCUAAUGUGACUCGCCUUUAAGUUAGAACACGUGGCUAGCUGGAGAAGCAGAGGGCAGAAAUUCUCUAGUGAUGAUUUCAAGCUGUGGUCCAUGGACCACUAGUGGUCUGUGAGCUUCAUUUGAGGGGUCUGUGGCAUAUCUGUGGAUUUGUGUCUGAAGAUGGGAGAUAGCAUAUUCAUCAUGUUAAAUAUCCAUAUGACUUUUUAAUUGCAUUUUAUUGAUUAUUUAGUUUCUUAUAUUGUAUAUUCAGUAAAAUACAAGAUAUAAGAAAUAAAACAAGCAAUUAAAAUACACUUAAAAAAUCAUAAAGCAUCUGGCUCGCCACACUACAAUUGCUGCCACAGGCAGAAAAAAUCAUUAAGUGAUCUGCCAAGACCAUCAGCAAUUUUCAGGUGGUUUGUAGGAAAGAAGAAAAUGGUAACCAUUGCUCUAGUGAUAAUCACACAACAGUUGCUGCUCCUAAAUGAGGAAUGUGUGACCUUUAUUCCUGCAAAGGGGCCCUCGCUAAGGAUGGCAUUGUAUCAGAUCUUUGUUCGAUCUUUGUCGCUGAAGUUUAGAUAGAUGCGUCUUCAAAUUUGAAUAGCUGGAUAAAAAGAUAUGAAGCAGGUGGAAAGCACAUCUACAUAGAUUAUCAAGGUAGUUUGUUACUUCCAUUUUAGGCAAAAGCAUUUGUCAUUCGCCAGAUGUGUCUGAUUCAAACAGAAUGGUUUCAUGCCAACUUUAUGAUACACUUGAUUUAGGUAAAGUGGCUAAAACCUGCUGUUGGGACUGAGUUGCUUUUUAUUUCAGUCUAUCACUUUAGUUGCUUUUCUUUCUUUCUUUUUACUAUUAAUUAUAUUGCAUGUAUUAAAAUACUUUGCUUUAGUAAAUGUGUUAACCCUUUAAGCUUACUCAAAUAAAAGGCAAAAUAGCAUAGUGAUUGUUUGAAAACGUUCACCCCGCAAUUAAGCUCAUUUUUGUGUCUUGGUUGAAAAGUGUAGCCAUCUGUAUAAAUUGCUCUUAAGUGCCUUUUAUUUUGUUCCGUUUCCACUUGGCAAACAAGAUUACCCUGUAGUUGAUGCUUCCACCCUCCCUCACUCCCUAGACCUAAAGCUAAUGAACAAACUGGAGCUCUUCUCUAAACUGAUUUAUGCAUAGAGGAAUGCAAACAAACACCCCACACCACUGAAAGCUCCUUCUAAGUAAUAAAGCAUUCGGAGAAUAAAAACUUAGAAUAUAAAUUGCAUUCACCACUAUUAGAGCUGCUGCACUCACACUCAGGAUGGGUUAUAUCCAGCCUUUCUUCCAUGGAACUUUCGGAGAUGUACAUAGGGGUCUGGGGGCAGCCUCCCAUUUGGGCAUUGAGGUUACCCCUGUUUAACUGCUCAAUCCCCUGGGAUUAGUUUUUGGCACAUCACAGUUUUUCAGUCGGUAGCAGCUAAGUGACAAAUGGGGUACUUUCAAGUGAGCUCUUACUAUUGAAAACUGUUUUGUUGAGAUCUCACAAAUGGUUCACUGUGGCAACGGGGUUUUAAAAAUUGUUAUUUUUAUUAUUCUGUUAUUAAUAUUCAUUGAAUUUGAAUGUCACCCUAUCCCCGCAGGUCUCAGGGCGGUUCACAGGAUAAAAUCACAAUAUAAAAACACAAAAUAUAAUCAAAAUUAAAAAAAGAAAACAGGAACAACCCAAUAACCCCCGCCCAACACAUUUUUAAAGGGCGAAUGCCAAUCAGCCCAAGCCCUGGUUAAAGAGGAAGAAGAGAAGAAGAAGAGUUUGGAUUUGAUAUCCUGUUUUGUCACUACCCGAAGGAGUCUCAAAGCGGCUAACAAUCUCCUUUCCCUUCCUCCCCCACAACAAACACUCUGUGAGGUGUGUGGGGCUGAGAGACUUCAAGGAAGUGUGACUAGCCCAAGGUCACCCAGCAGCUGCAUGUGGAGGAGCGGAGAUGCGAAUCCGGUUCCCCAGAUUACGAAUCUACCACUCUUAACCACUACACCACACUGGAAAGUUUUUGCCUGGUGCCUAAAGGUGUAUAAUGAAGGCACCAGGUGAACCUCCCUGGGGAAAGCAUUCCACAAAUUUAUUGCAUUUCCCCAGAAAAUGUAAAUCCAGAUUAAACAGUGGAAAUAUGGUCUGGCAUUUUAAUACUGAAGACAAUGCUACAAAAAAGAAUGAAAGAACGAAAGGAGUGCAUGCAUGGCAAGCACAGAUUUAACAAUAAACACCCAUUUGCCUAAAAUCUAAACUCUGCUGAGUCCUUUUCAUCUCUCUGAUGACUGACUCUGUCUAUGGCAGCAUGGCUAAAAGUCACCAGUCCAGUCUAACAAAAGUCCUGAAAGGGUCCUGCAAAUAGAUGCUUAUAUAGUCCAUACCUUUUCUUCAGUAUGUGAACAAUAUAUAAAGCUGGAUACAGAAAUGCAACAUAGUGUUUUCUCUUGGCAAGAAGUCUGCUAUGACUCUGUGAGGAACAUAUUAUUUUAUUUGGCUUUGUACAACAGAUUUCUGUGCUUGUCACUUAGAAUGGAAAGCUCCAGAACUGCUAAUAGUGAAGCCCGAGGCAGGAGAAAUCUUGUUCAGCAUGUGUGUGCAAGAUUAAUUAAUACUAAGUCACCAUGAAUAAAUGAUAGUAAAAGCCCUUGUUUCUACUUGAAAUCUUUAGUUAGUGGUUUUGUGUCACUUCUGUGUUUAACCUAAUUGCAUUAUUUGCUUCUUUUCUUUGCGGCGUCUGAAAUCCUACAAUUGAUUGGGUUAGGCUGGCAACUGGAGUAGGGGAAACAAGUGUUUUCUCUGCCAUUUCACUCAAAAUUACAUGUUUCAUGUCUACAAUAUUUCAGGAUAGGGUGAAAAAAAAUUGGGGGGUAGGAAUGCGGCUUCCGUUUUGGUUCUUCCAGAAGGCUUGGGAAAUCUUGGAAAAUUCAAAGUGGCAGCCACAAUUCAAAAUGGCAGCCUCCUGGUUAAGCAUCUAAAGAAAAACACAUACUUUUACAGCAACUCACUAUUUUGAAGGUGGUUAUUUUGCUGGAUUGUGCCCAUGGCACAUCCAAUUUAUCUGGAUGAAAAAGAGUACAGUCCGUGUCAGAUCCAAAUACCUCCUCCUGCUGCAUUCCUCUUCUCUCCUGUGAAUGAAGAUGUUUCUGACAUGCACAGGGGUCCCCUGUAUUACAUGCACAAAACAUUCCCCUGACUAUCAGAGGACAUAGGGAAGCAUUCUUAUCUGCACAUUUCCACAUGCAGCUCAAAGCCACAGGACAGUAUCCAUGAAUAUAUUUGCUAGAUAUCUUGCCUAUCUGCAGACUUGGUUUUAAUCUUUCAAAUGCUUGUGCAUAUGCUAAAAAUAUUAUGAAAAUGUGCACUUAAAAUUCAGUGACCAUCGGUCACUCCUAAUACAGCAUUAUUCACAAAGGAAUAUGUGAUACACAUAAUAGAAUUCCAUUUCUCUACAGGAUGGGAUUUCAUGCAAAAUGCAUUUGCUUUGCUGUGCUUCAGUUGGUCCGGUCUACAUUGCUAGACUUGCUAUAGCUGCAGAUUCCCGCUGUAAUUAACCAGAUCUUUUUAUGCAUUUAUUCUUCCCUCGCUGUUGCUGUGUCAUGUGUGUUGCAGUGUAUGCAGCCACAAGGCUUCAAAACAUGUGUGACUGUCACUGAAGCCCUUUCUAGUUUGGGCUCAGGGUGGGUGGGUGUGUUUAAUUUUUUUUUUAAUGAUUCCCCCUAUGUUUUAGUUGUCCCUAUUUUAUGUGUAAGCCACCUAAAAAAAUGUUUAGGGGUACUCUCAUUUCGACUCAAAUAAAUUACCAUUUUAUAAUUCAAAUGGGGAAAAAUAAAUACAGUAAAUACAAUGAAACUGACCAAUCACCAUGCUAGAUUCCAACUCCUACUUCACAUAUUAAACGAUCUCUUCUGAGACUCAGGAAACACCGUGACAGGAAAUGAGGUCACCAUUGGGGGUAGCAAUGGAACUGAAAAUUCACUAUGCUAGAGAAGAAACUUAAAAUGCUAUUUUUUUAACUUUCUCCUGUUAGAUUCACAAAAUGUUUAAGGGUAUGUGUACCCCUGCGUCCCCCCAGAAAACCCCCCACUAAUAAUAAUAAUAAGAAGAAGAAGAAGAAUACUGUUGCAAGGACUGUCUUCUAUUAACAUUCUGACUUGAUGUUUUGCCUCAUAACCCCACAUCUUCAUAGGUGAAGUUGGUGAUGAUAUGGAACAGGGCCUUUUUGGCAGCACCACCUAAGUCAGAGCUUUCCAAACUUUUCAUGUUGGUGACACAGUUUUUAGACAUGCAUCAUUUCUCAAAACAGAAAUGCAGUUUCACUAGCAAACAGGAGGUUAAACUAACCCCUUUCCAGCCCCCCAGAAGGAGUGUGGGGAGUGUUCGUGCAACACACCUACACACUGUAACUAACACACUAACUUGUUGUGACAUAUAGUUUGGAAAGCUGCGGCCUAAGUUGUUUGACUCUUUCUCUCUGAAGAUCUGAAUGGAUUCCAGGACAGUCCAACUUUUCAUACCAAGGGCCACAAGCGCACUUUGACAUGGUGCCUGUGGGCCACACAUUGCCUCGUCAUGUGGGGUGGGGAGUGAGGCCAAAAUUUGAUGCCCCCCUCAGCCCUCAUGCUGCUUUCCAAAAUCCAGCUAAGUGAGACAUCAGGCUAUGAAAGUGCUACCUAAGCUUUAGGAAGGAGGCAGAAGUACUCUAAGACACAGCCAGAGCCUUCACACCUCCUUUCCAAAGCCCCUCAAUUACCUGUCUUUGGGAAGGAUGCACAAGGUCUGGGAGGAGGUGCAUCAAAUGUUUCUGAGGGCCGCCCAAAAAGUCCUUGAGAGACACAUGCAGCCCCCAGGCCAGUCAUCAAACCACCCUGCUGUAGAUCUUUCAAUCUGCUGUAAUGGGUGAAAUUCAACUAACAAGCCCCGUCAGUGAAAGCCAUGGGCAAAACUUCCACCUGUUUCAUUGGGUCUCCCACCACCUCUCCCUGUACAGCCCUGAAAUGGUCUUGGGGGUGGGGCUGGGAGGACCUGCAGUAUAGCAUUGGGGGAGGAAAGAGAAAAUAUUUCUGUAUUGCAACACUUGCACAGACAGAAUAUUUUCCAUAGCACAUCAUUGAAUUCCAUCCUGUUCUAUUUCACUGGGCCUUUGGAUUUGAAUGAGUUGUGGCUUGUCUGCUAGUUUACAGUAAACUGGUUAAAAGUAAUAUUUCAUUCUAGGUAGGCUUUUUUUUUUUUGGUACUACUUUGUAUGCAUCUUUUUCAUAUCUAAGUUGUUUUACACAUCUUGGAUUUUAUUGGUUUUUACCUUCUUAUUUGAUUGUCUCUGCAAAAGCAGCCUAAAAUUCAAAUAUAAAGGAUUGCUUGUAAUUCUGGACACCAAUUGUGCAUUAGUGAAACCCCCUAUUUUGUACUAAAUUCCAUCUGGGAGGGGGAGGAGUGAAGGACCCUUUAUUCAACAGAUUUUGUUCUUUGUAUGCAAAUUAUAUCUAACCAGUUGUUAAUUUAUGCCCCCCUCCUCUGGCCAGCACUUUAUGCACUUGGGAAACAUAAAGUGUUUUUGAAUUCAGACCUACAUGGAUGUUAAAUACAUUCCCCCAUUCCCCUGCCCAGCUCUGUUUAUUCAAGCCAGGCAUUUAAAAUUUACAUUAUUCAGAAUGUUGGUGGCAGAAACUUCAAAUGUGUCUAUUCAGUGAUUUUAAUAGUUGGACAGAGAGGAGGAGGGAAGGUUGGAGAGGGAGAGAAAGCUAAGCAAUUUUAAACUGAGCAAUGGGAAUUUGGCACACGGGUAGCACACAUUUUCUGUCCAAAGAAGCUUAGAAGUCUGCAUGCCCUGGGCAGCACUACAUCUUAGUGGCAACUCUUCUGUUGGAGCAGCUUAGUUGCACCAUUGAACUGAAAGCUUAGUGUGGUGGCCCUGAGCAAAAAGCUUUCCUUCAUGGCCUCUCUAUGUCACUAAAACAUGCAUCUGCCCUAAAAUACAUUGUGUUUUUAAUUGUGCAUAUGGCUUAUGUGGUGAAACAUGUUAUUUCCAAAGUCUACGACAUUUGCCUUUGUUAAUUUUAGAAUUUACUUCCCAUCUUCUUUGCAGAUGCCGCAGAGCAGCUAAUAAAAAUAUGUAUGAACCUAUCUAUCUCAUCUAUCCUGCCUACUGUAACAUGCUAAGUCAAAAACCUAGGGUGUUACAUUAACCUGAAAUACCCUGUAGCAUCCCUGCAUGCAUUUCCUGCAUGCAUCCCUGCAUGCAUCCCUAGGCUUGCUGCUUUCUAAUCAGGAGGCAUCUCCAGACCAGCGACUCUUCAGAAACACAGGGGAUUAGCUCUACUCAGGGUCGGUAACUAAUUACUUGUCAAGUACGGGAGUUCCCUUCUCCCUUCUAGUAGCUCACUGAUUAGAAUUAACAAGCAUCUGUUAGAUUUAUAGUCUUUUCACUACAGUAUCAUGUUGCCAGCACAGACAGACUCUCUGCAAGGAUAACAGUUGCUCACUCUGACUCCUCCCAACUUCCGCAGCAAGAAGCGCGCCAACGGGAUGUCCCUCCUGCCCUGUGUCUCCUUUGUUCCCAGACACACUUGGACCUUCGAGUGCAGGGGGAGGGAGGGGGUCCCCCCACUCUCAACUGAUGUCUUGCCCAGCUGCUCCCUCCCUUCUGGUUGCUUAGCUACUAUCUCAAAAGUAGGUAGCUCCUCUCUCAACUGUGCAGCUUCUGUCUCUGCCUGUCUGUCUCCUUCUGGAAACGCUGGAAGCGGGGGGGGGGGAUAGUCCCCCUCCUCUUCUAUUAGGAGCUGAUCUCCCUGCGAUUUCAUUCCCCAAUCUUCCGAUCCAGCCCAGCUCCUGACAUUACUCUUUUAAACUCCAAUAGUAAGCAUUACCAGCGAUAACAGUACAGCCUUCUUCCAAUUUAUUAGAUGUUUGCUAAACACUGGUGCUUUACUUACUUAUUUCUUGAAGAAAUUACAGUGGUACCUCGGGUUACAUACGCUUCAGGUUACAUACGCUUCAGGUUACGCACUCCGCUAACCCAGAAAUAGUGCUUCAGGUUAAGAACUUUGCUUCAGGAUGAGAACAGAAAUCGUGCUCCAGCAGCGCGGCAGCAGUGGGAGGCCCCAUUAGCUAAAAUGGCGCUUCAGGUAAAGAACAGUUUCAGGUUAAGUAUGGCCCUCCAGAACGAAUUAAGUACUUAACCCGAGGUACCACUGUAGACACUAUUUGAUUUUUUUUAAAAAAUACCUCAAAGCAAAGCGGUUUACCAACAACUACAGCAACACUGCUUCUGCAGCCAAUACACCAUCCCUGGUGCUCUGAAGGUGGUGGGGGAGUGAAAAGAGACCAGAGAGGAGCCAGCAGCAAGUGGCUUGUACCUCAGAGGCCAGAUCAAGCACCUGAGGUGAGCCUCUUGGGUGGGACAACCCUGCCUGUGUGGCACACUAUUUGCUAAGGAAAAUCACAUUCUGUGACCCAGAUGCAGCCACACAGACACAUGCAUGGAAAAUUGCAGAGAUUAGUUUACGUUGCAUACAAUUUAUCUUGCUGCCUCGGGGGCAUUGGGAAGGAUAAGGAGCUUUGUGGCUGCAGAAGACCUACCUUUAGAAAAUAUACCCCAGCUGCUAUUCCUGAGGGUUCACUAGGUCAUCUGUACACAGGCUUUCAAGCUCAUCUCAAGAGAAAUAAUGGCCAGAGCCCUACUUUAAAAAAUGAUAUUAGAUUCUUGGCAUAUCUUCUACAUUUCCUGCUGCUUUGGUGUAAUCUGAAUGCAUACUCAAGUCUUAGAUUAAACCUUAGUACAUAAUCUAGGGAGGUUCAAGAAAGCACUGACAUAUGACGUUGACAAUACAGGAGAUCUAUUUGUGGCAUUUCCUGAUGAGUACAGAAAAAAUAUUUAAAGAUUUCUGCAUAGGAUAGCAGCAGCAGCAAGGUUAACUAUCCUUUUUACUCCCUUAGUAUUUGAAAUUAUUUUCCUCCCCUUCAGCUGUAAUUAAGGCUCUAUUUAUGCAGAGGAACUAAGAAAAUCUAAACAUUUCAGCAUUUUCAGAAAUAUUACAACUUCAGUAAUUGCUGCAGUAAAACUCUCCAUAAAAGUAUUUGCACUGUAACCAUUCUUAGUUCUGUAGUAUUCCACACUUGCAAAAGUGAAUGUCAAUAAAAACUCCUGUUUGGAUCUUGAAUUUAAAGAUGGCCCAGUGUUUCCCUGGUCACCUCUUGGUUAACCACUUAGGCUGCAGUUAGUGGUUGCAUGCAUUUCUGCAGACAGGUUUUUAUUUUAUUUUAGAGGGCAUGCCAAGCUGGCCUUUGACUCUCAACCUAACCGAAACAAGGUAUUCUACAUUCCUGUUACCACCUGAUUAACAAUUAAUUCCGCUUUUUGAUCUGAAUAUAUGGCUUGAAUUCCUUUCCUAAAUUUAUCUCUGAAAUUCAUUUCUCCGGUAAUUUUUUUCACAAAUUCCCAGGAGACAUUGUCAAAGGCUUUUUCAGCAUCUAUAAACAUCAAAGCUGCUUGUUUUUCAUUUCUCACUUCCAGGUAUUCUAUAAUGUCAAUAAUAUUUCUUAUAUUAUUCUUCAUUUGUCUGCCUGGAAGGAAUCCUGCCUGAUCUUGAUGUAUAUAGUCUUUCAAUAUUAAUUUCCUAACUGAAACAAGGAACCCACAAGGAAGCAGCACAAAUUACUGCCAUGGAACAAUUUUCCUCAACAGUGGUUGGAGGUGGACCAAGGCCUUGUGCGCUCCUGUCUCCAGCCCAGCCCUCCCAAGCUCCAUUCCCUUGCUGAAAGAAUGGAGACUCUUCAAGCAGUCAAGUGCUUGGCUUGGAGAUGAGUGUGUCUCUUGCUGUCUGCAGCCUCUUGCCUGGCAUGUUUCCUCCGCUUCUGGGCAGGUGUGACAAUGCAGGAGACAUUUGGCUCUGACCUCAGGUCAGGGUGCCUGUGAAGGUCCUGACUCUGGUUUUGUGGAGUCAGGCUCAGUGAUAAGAGAGUGGUCCUGCUUUUCAGCCAAUAGCACAGUGUGGCAAUGGGUGUGAUGGCACUUUUCCCUCUCACACCAUUGGGCUCACUCUCACUUAGAUGAAUUGCCCCCCACCUCACUGAACAACACUUUACUCGAAGGUUUCUUUUCCUUUCCUCUUAAAAUUCUAACCCAGAGUAUCCUGCGGGGACCUUUGUGAGGGGGUAACUAAUAAGUUGGAGUCUCAGACAGGCAAGAUAGUAUAUAACACAAAUGGAUUAAACUUAGGUUACUUCAGGCAUAUAGUACGAUUACACUUUAAUUCGUCCUUAGUCAUUUUGCAUUUUAGGUUUGGUUCCUUUAAACGGUGAUACUUUCUUUCAGUUAUCCACCCCUUUUAACAAUCCUGCUCCUGAGGUACCUUCAGCAAUAGACCCAAGGGCUCGCCACUCCCCCUCCUUUCACUGGGUUUGGGAGUUUCUUCUUUUCCUUAGAAGAAUCUCUCCCCCUCCAGACUAGAUUUGAGUCCCAAGUAGGCUGUUCCUUUCCAUCUCCUACUUCUCCUGGCUCAACCUCUGCCUCCCAGUAAAAUUUCCGGUCUGUUCCUCCUACAGGACACCACACUCUGUCCUUCACCAUACACUCAGAGUGGAAGUUGUUUUGUUUUCCAGAACCAACUCUUUCUCGCUUUCACUCUUUCUACCUCAACCUGUCUCCUAACCUGUCUCCCUACCUAUCUCCAGACCUCUCCAACGACUUUUCCAACACUCUCCCUCCCUCUCCCUCCCACUGUCUCUCAAAACCUCUCCUUUUAAACUCUCCCUCCUGGAACCACAGCCAAUCAGAGUCUGCCGUUCAUUAACCAUUUUCUGGCAGGGAAAGAAAGAAAGAAACAAGAAACACCUUUUGAUCCAACUGGUCCAGCAAAACCAACUUUUUUGUCACACACAGCAGCCUUGAAUCUGAGCAGCUCACCCUCCUCUGACUCGGAGCUUGAGGCCAAGGCCAUAACACACUGCCAAAAAAACCCAUAAAUUUCCCUCAUGGGACCAUGUCAUAUAUUACAUAUCACCUAAGAAUACUUGGGUGUUGGGAAACAUAUUUACUACUAAUGUUUAGAUACUAGAUGUGUGUGCCUUUCCUUCUCCCUCAUUUCAGGAAAAGGUUGGCUUUCUUUCUUCAAAACAGUCAUUUAUCAGUAUAUUAGAAGAAAGGAAAAUGUCAAACACUGCAAGUAUGCCUGUUUUCUUGUACACAUGGGAAAAACCUAGUAUAUGACAGAGCCUACAGAGGCCUCAAUAUUUGUCAACCUGCCUGACAUUUGCUCUGAGCAGUUAUAAUAUUGCCUAACAUGACAUCACAGCAAAUGAGCCAGUGGCUACAGUAAUGGGAUAAGAGAUGAACAGCUGGUUUUUAGCCUACUAUAUAACCUCAGAAAUUAUAGUUUCAUUCAUUUAAUUCCACAGUAUUAUCUAUUAUUGUGAGAUAUGUUGAUAACAGGCUGGGCAAAAUGCAAAACAUUAUCGAAAGAGUUCCAGUCUAAACAGAUUGCUUCAAGCAAUGACACUUUUUAUUUUUAUUUUGCAACUGGAUUCAUUUUUAUCUCUGCAUUGGAAAUUUUGCUCUGAUCACAAUGACAAGCACCUUGCCACAUGGCUGGCGCUAUAUAAAUGAUGGACAGUAAUCGUGGUAAUAAUAAUUAUUACAAAGAACAUUGCCUCUUGAUACUCCACCGGCUUUGGUCUCCAUGUUUAAAAACAGCCCCUCGAUGGUUUGAGAGCUGAGUAUUGGAGUAAAUGGGGCAUCCUAUACAUUGGCAGCUUCAUUUUGCAAAUAUUGUGGAUAUUAAGGCUGUGGAAUCUUCUUCCUGUUAUAAUAUUAAAGCAGUAGGAGCAUAAGAUUUGGAGUUAAGAGUGCCAAGGAAAAGAAAUAAAGCUCAUGAAUGGUCACAGCAGCUGGCUUUAAAGAAUGAAACAAGCCUAAGCUCUGAUGAGAAUCUAAAAUUCGAUUAGAGCAAAAAAGAUGAUUUUCGGCAGUAAUGGAAGGUUUAUUGGUUGGUACUUGAGCUAACAGGGAUUAGGUCUCAAAGGGCAAAAUGAAAGGAUAUGAGAAAGUGCUAAGGAGAUUGCAUUACAUACCUCUUAAUUCAUCAGCUGCAGUUUAUAUUGUGCCAGCUUCAUUCAAGGGUGUUACACAUCUGUCUGGUAUUUCAUGUCCAAAUCUUUGGGUAUAUUGUUUGCCCAGGAGGCAAUUUCAGCACUGCUUCAUGUAACUUAGAGAAGGCUUUGUACAACCUAUGAAAGUAGUGUUCAGGGAGUAUUGCCUACAGCAGUGAUGGCCAAACUUGGCCCUCCAGCUGUUUUGAGACUACAACUCCCAUCAUCCCCAGCUAACAGGACCAGUGGUCAGGGAUGAUGGGAAUUGUAGUCCCCAAACAGCUGGAGGGCCAUGUUUGGCCAUCACUGGCCUACAGGAACUGAUCAUUUGUUUGGAAGCUGAAAUUGGGGGACCACAAAAUACCACAUCACUCAUUCCUAGUCUUACCUGCCCAACCUGCCCCCUCUGCCAACUGUAUUUUGUGAACCCACCAAGCUAACUAAAGCACACUAGCCAUGCAUUGUGUCCUGCCAAGGAGUUGAAAGACUCAUCCCUUCUGCAUCUUCAGGCAGGUAGCAAACACCUCUACUGGGCCAGCAUUGAGAGCUGGUGGAUUUAAUGUGACUUAGUUGGUCCCAUCCCUUGGGAGCCUGCAAUACUGAAGAAUGAAUGGAGAUGUGCCUUCCAUCAUGAAUAAUAUGUUAGAUCCCAAGACGGAAGUAGAAACUGAUGAAAGACUAGCCUCCUACACUAAUAACUUAGGAUAAUACUUAAGUCCAGAAGAAAAGGUGAAUUUGGGAUGCCAAGGCAAUUUUGGACAUCAUCACCAGCCAUUCACAAAUGUUCAGCAACUAGAGACUGAUGCUAUUUGCGAGCUUUAGUUAAAGCUGCUUAAGGGCUUAAAGUGAUAGAAGUCCUUAAAGCAACUUAAACCACUUUAAAUGUUUCAAUCAGCUUAAGGGCUUGAAGAGUUUUGUUGUGGUAGCUGGAGAGUGUUCUGCGGGAAAGGAGUUUCAAGAGAAACUCCACAGCGCCUUGUGUUUGGAGGGCUGAGGGGUUAAUAUCUGUGGGGAUGGGUGAAAUGGAAAAAACAGAGGUAUAGGAAAUGAGAACAGGAAGACAGACAUAUAUUUUUCUCUUUAUCUGUACUAUGAAGAGAGAGGGGAAACAUUGAAAGAUAUACACUUAUUAGGCCAUAUCUCUAUUUAAUGAUUAGCAGAAUAAAUCUGCUGAAAUACUUGCAAGAAAUCCAUGUGCUCUUAUUGUUCCACUUAAUGAAGAUACAUUUUGUAGUGAUCUUCUUAUACAUCUGAUUCCACAGAAAUAACCUAGUCCAUAAAUGAUGUAACUAAAGAUAAGGGAGUGAGCAAUGAGUGAUGAAAAUUAAUUUUUCAGUAGAUAUAAAAAAUCAUGAUGCUCACGGCCAGUUUAGAGAGAAGAUGGACUGGAUAUUCAGUUAAUGAUCCUCUUCAUUUUAUCUUUUUAAUUCUAAUUCUGCCAUUCCUGUGUUGGUUUGCUGGUCUAAUGGAUGCUGUUGUGUUAGUUGUUAAUAUAUAUAUAUAUAUAUUUGCUAUUUAAAAAAUGGUUUAAUAUUGGUUGUCAGCUGCCUUGAGAAAACUGUAUUUUGAAAGAUGGGAUGGAAAUCUCUGAAAUGAAUGAAAAAAUAUAUUCCUUAAUUUUUACUAGUGGAAUGGUGUAUAUUAUUUCCCCUGAUACCUCAACAUUUCAAAAUGAUUUCCCCUUCCUGUUCAACAAUUGUUGUCAGCAGAAGACCUUAACUGGCUCUUGUCAAGAACUCUCAGCAUCCUAUGAAGUAACUAUAAAGUGAUUUAACUACUAAUAAUUUGGGGUAGUUACUCCAGAUCAAAAAUUAUUUUGAAAUGAAUGAGUGAGGAAGAAUUUCAAGACACCAGUUCCUUAAUUUCUUAAAAGAAUAGUAAAUCUCCAGGGCUGGAUAGGUUUGGUGUAGAAUAUUAUAAACACUUUUCAGAAAAUCUUACUCCACACUUACUGGAGUUAUUUAACAAUGUUAUUUUCAAGAGAACAGAUCUUAGGAACCUGGAGGCAAUCAAAAUUAAAUCUAAUUUCUAAACCAAACAAAUAUACUAAGCAUCUUGAUUCCCAGUGGCCAUUCAUAUUAUUUAAUAUAGAUUAUAAGAUUUUUUUUUACUACGAUUCAAGUAAAUAGACUAAAGAUGAGUAAACCUCAUUAUACUGACCUGAACUAGUCUAGUUUUCUAAUGCAUAGCUUCCAGCAGACCCCAGCAGUAUUUGCCUGAAUGUUAUUUUUUAUUGCAAAAAAGAAAAACUAUUUUUAAAGCCUUUGUUUGUGUAGAAAAUACUUUUCUUUGGCAAGUAAUUUCAAACAUGAAACUUGUACUAAAAUUAAUUAAACUUAUUUACCAGCACUAUACAUCUAAUAUUAGGGAAAAAUGGCUAUGGUUCAAAAUUUCUAAACAUUAUCUAGAGUUACUAAGGAUGAAUGUCCCCUCUCCCCUUUACUAGUCUUGCUUUGGAAGUUUUGGCAGUAGCAUUAAGAGCUAACAUUAAUAUCAAAGGACCUAUCACAAAAGGGGCUAAAUAAAUAACUAAAAGUUUAUAGUGCUGUCCUUUUUAUUAUUAUUAUUUAUUGAAUUUAUAUACCACCGUUCAUUAUAAGACCACAAGGUGGUUUACAACAUACAACACAAAUGUCACUAAACAACAUAGUAUCUGUAUAACAUACAAAUCAAGACAAUGAUAUAAAUACAGGUAUAAUAAAAAACUUACAUAACCCUAUAGAGAUUCCAACAAUGGCAAAUGCAUUUUUUUUUUAAAAGGGGGGAGAAGAAAAUCAGCAGCAGGGUAUCUGAUAUACUGAACAGUGUAGGAAUAUAAAAUCUUCUCUCAAAGUUUUUUUCUUAAUCCUAGGCACCCACAGGAAAUGGGAGACCCCACAAGCUUCAGCUGGUAGCUUUGCUUUCUCCUCCCAGUCACUCAUGCAUUUACAGAUGACAUGGUUAUAUAUGCUGCCUGGCGCAUCCAUUGCAGCUCCUUCUUUAAAAACAAGAAUGGGGAAAGUAACAGAAAGGAGCAGGUUUACAAAUGAAUUAUAGUAAAUCUAAUAUAUUUAAUAACAUCCUUCCUAAAAUACAAAGUGGGACGCGGGUGGCGCUGUGGGUUAAACCACAGAGCCUAGGACUUGCCGAUCAGAAGGUCAGCAGUUCGAAUCCCCGCGAUGGGGUGAGCUCCUGUUGUUCGGUCCCUGCUUCUGCCAACCUAGCAGUUCGAAAGCGCGUCAAAGUGCAAGUAGAUAAAUAGGUACCUCUCCGGCGGGAAGGUAAACGGCGUUUCCGUGUGUUGCUCUGGUUUGCCAGAAGCGGCUUAGUCAUGCUGGCCACAUGACCCGGAAGCUGUAUGCCGGCUCCCUUGGCCAAUGAAGUGAGAUGAGCGCCGCAACCCCAGAGUCAUCCGCGACUGGACCUAAUGGUCAGGGGUCCCUUUACCUUUACCUUUAAAAUACAAAGUAACAUAAAACAAUAAUUAAAAGUACUCAAUAGUCCAAAACAAUUUUGGUACUUGGGGGGUUAGUAUACCCUCAAAUCAAAACAAGCUUUAUCAAGCCAAUUGACUCUACCCUACUCUAUUGGGAAAAGAUGUUAAAAGUUGACAAAAACAACCUCUCAGUUUUAGGGAAAAUAACAGCAAUUAAAAUGCAUUCUUUAUUGAGAAUGCUAUACCCUUUUCAGGAGUUACCCGUUUCCAAUAAAACCUACUAUUGGCAAAAGAUAACAGAAUGUUAUAUAUUUGGAGCAAGGGAGAGAUCACAAACAAAGAAAGAUUUAUCUAUACGAACCAGUCUCUAAAUGAUGUCUCUUAGUUUGCACUAUAGGGGGAUGGAUGAUUUAAUAUUGGCAGGGGGAUGCCAGUGACCUGUUUUGUUUUGUUUUCGCUCUGCUACUUGGUAAAGGAGAUGUUAGGUCUGUGGUGCUCUAUGAUUAAUAAUGAUCACCCAAUGUGAUCAUUUUAAAAAGCCCUUUCAAGUCGACACAACUGAGAGCUAUCAAGUGACAAGCGAUCAAAUGAUGUACAACUAUGAGUGAUCCAAUCUCUCGUUGGAAAACACUUUGCGGGGGAGGGGAAUCUUAAUUUACCAGCCAGAUGAAGAUGGUUGAAACGUUCCCUCUUGGUCUGGCUGCUAAAAAAGCCUAUGAAUAAAUAUUAAUAAAGGGAAGGAAAUUACCAUUUCAAAUAUGCUGGAUGAAAGUGAUAGCUCUGGUGUUCUGUGGCAGUUAUAUAUUAAUUUAGCAGUGGCUGUCACAGCAAUAAUUCAGAGCACUUUCAUAUUUAGGUUCAGCUGCGUAAUUCAUUUUGAUCUCCCACAUUCAUCAAAGCAUUGUUUUUGUUUAUGUUGAUAUCAUGAAGCACAGAGAGAAGAGUACGGAAGAGGAGAUUCGCCCCCUGAAAGCAUCUCUAUCCCAUAUGCCUGUUACAGCAAGAUGCUGUUUUGCUCUAAUUGUAUGUAAUUAAUGAACAAUAAUCAGAAAGAUGUCUUCACUGUGAAAUCAUGAUUUAGUUUUAUUUUCUCCUAUCAUGUAUAAUUCAUUAAUCUCAGUACACAUUGUACACUUGCGCUAAUGCUGAAUGCAGAAGAGAGCGUUUAGUAACUACUGUUUAAGCUCAGCAUGCCUCUUAAGAAUUUCUUCAGCACAUUUCCAGUGUAUUCCCUUAUCAUUCAUUAAGUACUACUCAUUAAGUACCUGCAUUUGUAAAUGCAAAGGCGGCCAGCUCAAUCUCAGUUCCAGAUAAGAUGUCUCCAGACUGGCAGAAUAUAUUGUCAAAGUGAGUUAAUCAGGUGCUACAAAAAGUGAAGACUCAAUUGGCUGCUAAAGGCAGGUCAGAGAAUGGAAGUCUAGAAAUGACAAAUACUAGUAACAGGGCCACCCCUCUGGGAAUUCAUUAAUUUUGAAAGAGAACCAUAGGGAAGGUAAACUGAUUAGGAGAUAUCUGUUGAUAGCUGAGAUAUGUGUGUCCAUUGAGCACUCUGAUAUACGUAAAACAAUACAUAUCUUUCAGCAUCAGCGGAUGAUGAAGUGGAAGAAAGACUAGUGCAAAAUUAGCCAAUUGCAGCAGAAGAGAAAAUGCUAGCUAAAAGGAAGUGUGAAUGUCUGCACAGAUUGAAGCACAUUUAUACAUCCCUAGCUGGAAGUUCCUUUUACUCAUGAAUAGUCCUUUUACUCAUGAGUAGUGGGAAUCCCACUCUAGUUGAAAAAUAAGUGGGUGGUGGUAAGGAGACAGCGUAAUUAAUAGGACCAGACACCCACUGCUAGUGGGCUACCUUUACUGGAUUGGCACCAUCCACCACAAUCACCUUUUGCUACACUGAUGUGGAUGAAGAAAAAUGGAACGACAAAUUAUGGAGUGGGGGAAUCAUCAUGGAAUCAUUGUUUAAAAAUAUGAUGGUCUUAUAUUGUGUUUAUCAGCAGCAGCGAAGGCUUCCUUGUGGUUACUCAUCCUGGGAUGUAUGUAUUGAAGUUUUUAAGAAAUAGCAGGUUUUAUCCAGUUGGUGUCCUUGCACAACUGAAAAUGCUUUUGAUCAACUGGAAGGGAUCCUUUAACAGGGGGAGGGGUGUAACCCUCUUAAAAAAAAACAGUUUCAGAAGACACAGGGGCCCGAAGGGAAGAGGGGGAGAUGCAAAAAACUCUUCCCUCCUCUUCCAUUUACAGACAUCUCUGCUGGAGCAAUAGUACUAAGAGGACGGAUUCUAGUCUUGCCUAAUGGAAUUAACAAUUAAUAGAAGAUGUUUUUCCUUAAACUGACAGUCAAAUAAUCAGUAUAGAUGCAUUUCUGCAACACACACAUGUUCUAUGACUACAGUUAUAGGAUUUUCUUCCUUCUGCAAGAUCUAUUGUGUUAUUCGUCAUGUUAGAUUUUUUGGGGAAAUACUGAAUUUCAGGCUAAAAAAAAACUUAAAACCUCAAGUCCCAUGAAAGGAGCCAUAGGGUGGCUCGUUCUUCACAUCCUCCCCUCUCCCCCAACUCUGCUGCCAUGAUCAAUGUUGUUUUCCUUUUCCAAGCUGCUUUUAAGUUCCUAAAACAACCAGGAGAUCAAAGAGGUGCAGUUUGACCCAAGACUUCUUUUGCUUCCUUCAGAUUGAGAAAUGAAAUAUUGAUCUUGCCCCGCAUUCCACAAACAUUUGAACUCUUCUUCCAUUUCAGAACAUUCCAGGAUCUUUCCAAACAAAUGGAUGUAUCUUAUGGUACUGUCCGGGAUUCUGCGGUUUAUGAAUACUUCAAAGCAAAAGGAACAAACCCUCUGGAGCAAGACAGCACCUUUGCUGAGUUGUGGAAGACUAUCAGCAAGAAUAAUGGAGCUGAUAACUGCGUGGCAAAUCCCUCUGAAGGCAUCCGGAAGGUAAGAAUGUGGGCAUCAUUAAUUUACCUAUAGGAGGUUUGUGUUUAAUAUUUUCAUGGAGGAUAAAUCCGUUUGCUGUUCCGUAAAAGCAAUGAACUGGCAUUAAUAAUUUUUAAAUAGAUUCAAAAAGAAACCAUCUAAACCACAGUGAUUACAUUGCCAUUUAUUCUUCCCAAGAAAGCUGCAAAUCUGUUUGGAACGAGAUUGGUGUGAUUUUUUUGUAUUCUCUCCUCACCCCACCCCCUUCUGAAUUGAAGCUUGCACUUAGGUGACAAUCAAAAUCAUAUUGCCUUUGAUGAACCCACAGCAGGAGUCCAGGCUGAAUGGCUAUUGUUCUAAUCCAUUAAAACUUUCAUUACAUCCCUUGUAUUGUGAAUUUCUGAUUUCUACCGUUUUCUUUCAAAUCAGCGAGGGUGUUAGUCCUUGUCAUUUUAUGUACUGAGUCAGUUGCUAAGCCAGUGGUUUACAUUCAAGGUCUGGUCUAAAUUUGUGCUUGGAAUUUUGGUGUAAGGAUUUGCAUCCCACCAAAUAUAGCUUCACAGAACCUUUGUGUGUGGAAAUAAUUGGGUGGAUACUCAGCUAAGUUCUAGCUGCCAAAUGAAAGUUUUUCUGGGGGCAAGACAAAGACAACCCCUUUCCAUUUUUGUGGGUGGGGUGUUGGAUCUGUCCUGCUUCAUCUGUUCUCCCCCCAGAGCUUGCUACACAGCACUCUGGAGAGAAGAGGUUCCUUUUGCUCAGUUCUUUGCUUUUUAAAACAGGAUUCACCUUGCUGAGCUGAAGCUUGGAAGAUGAACAUACUGUGGGUUUGGCUACACCUAGCUGGUACUCAGUUGAGCAAUGCAGCUGCCACAGCAGAACUGUUUUUUUAUUUUAUUUUUAAAAUAUGCUGCGCAGUAAGGGAAUAAGAGGCUAAUUGCCCUGAGACCUGCGGGCAUAGGGCAAUAUACAAAUUUAAGUCAUCAUCAUUAUCAUCGUGGGACCAGGGCUUUGACUGGCCUGCUCACUGAACUCCCAAACUAUGCAGAACAUGGUGUAGCAAGGAUUGCGCAUCUUCACUGAUACCAUAGUAUGUAUAUCCCAACUCCUGUCUUGGUGCAUAUUGUUUCAUGCAACUGGGUUUGCAGUUAGGCCGCAUGGCAUAGCUGUUUCGGGUGUCCAGCUACGAAGUCAAAUGUCAUUAUGCAUUCACCCAUCAAUACAACUUUUGUUGGUUUUGGAGAUGUAAUUCCACUCAGUCAUGCAUUCCUUCCCCCAUAGAUUGGUUAGAUUGGUCUCAACUAGGGCCAGGGCCUUUUCAGUACUGGCCCUGACUUGAUGGAACGUUCUGUCACAAGAUACUAGGGCCCUGCGGGACUUGACAUCUUUCUGCAGGGCCUGCAAGACAAAGCUGUUCCGCCUGGCCUUUGGAAUGUACUCAGUUUGACCCUUAUGUUUCCUUCCCCUUAUGGUUUUGGGCUACUAUUAAAAUGAGGCCGCAUUUUAAAUUGUAUUUUAACCUGUAUUUAAAAUAGGUUUUUUCCCCUUUCCUUCCCCCUGCCUUAUGUUUUUAUUGUGAUUUUACUGGUGUUAGCCACCCUGAGCUCGGCUCUGGACGGGGAGGGUGGGGUAUAAAUAAAUUAUUAUUAUUAUUAUUAUUAUUAUUAUUAAUCUCCUCUACCAUAUACACUCACAUAAUUUUAAAUGCCUUCAAACGUUUGUUGCUGUUGCCAGAUUCAAGUGGCAGUUAUUGGGUUCAACGAUCAGAGGUGACUGGAAACCUCAUACUGAACCCUGUACUCUCGUGGCAUUAUUUAUUUUAAGUGUCAGCUCAAAGCUGGCACGUUUUGUCUAUAUGCCACAAGGCAAAGGGAUGUGUUCAGACUAGAGCAACAAUAGAGGAACCAUCUGACUUCUAGCCCUGUGGCAACUUGGAGACCCUUGUUAUAUGUGUACUUCCUAAUUUCUCCUGUGCCAUAUAUAUCAGUAUGAAUGGAAGGUAGAUGCCAUUGGAAGAGUACCGUACUUGGUAGAACUAGACAACAAAUGCAGAGAAUGUGGCACAAGUGCAAAAUAGUGAAAACAUCUUAGCCAUACCAUGGCAUCCCUCUUCCCUUGUGCUAAUGUCUCUUCUGCUAAAAUUUCAGUAAUUUUCUGGAAAUACUCCCACCCCCACCCCCGAGCAAUUUAAUUUAACCUCUAGCACUGCAUGCUAUGAGAGCAAAAAUUCUGUGGAAAUCAACAGGACAAAGAAAUGCAACCUAACGCUGCCUUUCUCUCCCCCGCCUCACCUCCUCUCGAAAGCCUGAUUGUCACAUUCAUUUUUUGAUGUUGAAAAGUUGCUACAAUGUGACUUUCACCUUUUAUUUCCAUGUGAUAAUCUCUCCUGAAUGUGCCCCCAACUUGCUGAGAUCAGAGAUUUGCCAUGUCUUUGGGAAGCUACGGAAAGCUGUCAUUCUGCAGGGCACAGCAAAGCGCAGAGCUCCUCACACUGUGUGCCUUCAAAAGAAAUUUCUCCACAUGAAAAUCACAGGCAAAAGUCACAUUGUAGGGAAUUUACCAUAUCAAGGGUGAGUGUGAGAACUAAAGCACGCUCCGUGAUUAUAUUGCAUUAAUGUAGACUCACCAAAAAGAAAGGAAAAAUGCAAUUUGUGUAUAAGGUUUAGAUUCCAGUGUGGAUGCUUCUACUCAAAAUGCAGGUAGAUGGUAGGCAAUAUAAAGCUCUCUAAGUUUUUCCUUUCCUCUGUUUUCUUGCUUUCAGUAUCCGUAGACAUUAUGCACCGCAUAAUUAUAGGAGCAGUGAGAUUAUUUAGCUUAAGGAGAAAGCCCUUAACAUUUGCCUGACAGCUCUGCAGAGCUGGUGUCAGAGAUCAGCAUUGUUAGGCAUUGAAUUAUUAUUAUUAUUAUUAUUAUUAUUAUUAUUAUUAUUCCCAUUGCCUGUCCCUAGAAUCUACUGGUCCUGUUGCUUCUCCUUUUUGGUGUUCAGGGCUGUUCACUUUCAGAGUGAGCAAGGAAGAAAAGAAGCAAUGAGAACAUGAGAAAAGCCUGCAGGAUCAGGCCAAUGGUCUAUCUAAUCUGGCAAGGUGUUCUCACAGUGGUCAGCAAGGUUCCUGCAGGAAGCCCAGAAGAGGACUCUCCCUUCCCGCAGUUACCAGCAACUGUAAUCAGGAACAGUAAUCUCAGUAUGACUUGCCCUCUUUUUCUCUUUGGCAGGUGGUUUCAUAUGGGCACUGGGGGGAAGGCAAGUAAAUGGGCAGCAGUAACAGCAGCAAGGGAGACAAAGAUGGGCCUAUUCAGAGAGGACAGCCUGCUGAAAACUUCUUGCCCAAGGGACCCCCAAAACUUGAGAUUUCCACUGCUGCUUUCCUUCAUAAUUCCCAAAUGCCAAAUAGAGAAAUUUAAGAAAUGGAAUCCAUACUGAACAACUUGGAGAGUCCUGAAGUGUUUGAACAAGAGAAGCCCUCAAGAAAUUAUCUUUCAUUCAUAUUCUCCCCCUCCACACACAGAGACAGAGAGCACUUGGGACUUGUUCAUUGAUGAAGUUUUCAAAAUUGUUAGGCUCUUUCCAAAAUACAGAGAAGUUAGAAAUUUCAUUUAUUGUCCUCUAACACAUCUUACUUACUAAAAAAUUCUGAGAAUUGAACACGCUUCCUGCUCGACCCAAAUUUGGGUCCCCAGCCCAGCUGUUGUUGCACUGCAACUCCCAUCAUCCCUGACUACUGGUCCUGCUAGCUAGGGUUGAUGGGAGUUGUAGUCCAACAACAGAUGGGGACCCAAGUUAAAUCCUCUGAAUUAGUCAGUCGUUUGUCCCAUGUACCAAAGAUAAAUGUUGGCAUCACUUUUCACUUCAGGUUUUUCCUGUAAAUACGAAUGGGCAGAAAUUACAUCAGUGACUAACACUUUUUUCAUUUUUAUGGGGGGGGGGGGAAAUGAUGAAAAGUCAAAACCCAGACCACCUAUUUAUGUUGCUUAAAACAUUUUGAUGGGCAUAAAACAGAGGUAAAUAUCUGACACAGCCCAGAAGUACUGCCAUUCUUCUAGAGCCCUGUGACUUCAGUUGUGUUUGAGCAGCUAUAUCGAUCUAACAUCAGGGAUUUUAAAAAUGUAAUACCCCCUAGGCAGUCAUUCCCAGUAUUAUCCAUCACAUAUCUCACUCCAUCCAUGAUAAUGCUUCUCUGUGCUAUGGCUGUCAUUGUCCUAUUGGAAAAAAAAUAUAUAUAUAUUUUUACAGUAAGAGACUUUUGCAAGAUCAGCUUCAAUUUUUAAAAAUGGGAUAUACAACAGUAGCACAUUUAACAUUUCCUUCACCUUUUUGUCUCUUUUCCAUAAACAUCAGUUUAGAAAAAGUGAACACUCACACAACAGAGGGUGGGAAUCAAUAAAAGUUGAACAAACAAACAAACAAACAAACGGCUGGGCAAUGAGCCAUCACCAGCGUUGUACUAAGAUACCUCUCAUGUCACUUACUACUUCCCAUGAAAUCUCUAUUGAAGUGACCCUUCGUUCAUUUCUUCAGCCCUCCAUAAUUGGGCACAACUCCCCCAUUGAGUCUAAAGAUGUACCAACCUGCCUUAGAGAAAUUUAAACAGUUUUAUCAAAACUGUUUUGCUUUCUCUCAAUAUCUCUCAGAUCUGAUUAACUUUAAAUUUUGCUUUGGGUGAAAUAUGGGCAUCAACUGGGGGAGAAGUGAGCCCACUGAAACCUCUUUUGGCUUUCCUGGAAAUGUCUCUGCUGGUUUGCCUGCAAAACACCAUAAAUCCCAUUCACUUAGGGCAAAACGCAGUGGCAACCGUAGUCUCCUCCCUGUUCAGAAGUGGGAAAUAACUCCGGUAUAGUAGACUAGAUGGUGCAGCGACUCAAUGUCUAGCGUUCCUUAUCUCGUGGUAAUCAUUUGCUGGCUGUCAGACAGGGAAUGGCAUGUGAUUGGAGCCAUGAGCUUAUGCGGAGAAAUCUUCCCCAGUGAGUGAAGGAGGAGCACAUGACACAUCACAUGUCAGUUAAAUCAAAUUGAGAUGCACAUCCUUCACAUGUCAUAGCCCUGAUGUGGAAGGCUUUGUCCUUGGGUUCUGCUUGGGAGAGUGAGUAUGUAAUGUAUUUCUUGUGCUACUAAACGUGUUCUGCAUCAUGAAUUUGAUUCUUGCACCAUUGAACUUGGUUAGAAACUUCCAUUGACUUUAAUGAGCUUUAGAUCAUGCCCUGAUACUCACAUGCCCCCUGAUUAGUUCACUUGCUGUCUGCUUUGCCAUCUUCAGCCUAGGGGUAUUGUUUUAAUUAGCUGUGGUCUUUCUGGGUCAGGUGCAUUAGUUUCAGACUUUUCAGCUCAUUUUCUCAUUACUGAACCCUUGGUGUGUGUGUUUUCUUUGCCUCUGAAGCUACCAAAAUAGGAGAAAGAACAAAGCUGGCUUUGCUCGAAUGCCCUGCACUGCAAAAGCCAUGCUGAAGCAGUAUAAUGCACAUCUGCUUAGGAGCUUUAUGGAAAAGAUCUAGAUUACACGCUGCCUUAAGGUGCAAAAAUGUCACUGGCAGCUCAGACAUAUACCCCAAAAUGGCUAAAAGCUAUAAGUGUAUGGAAUCAGGGUUUUGCAUGCAUUGCCCUAGCUAAACAGGAACUUUUGUUUUUGAUUCCUCAGUCCUAUUCUUCAAGGGCUGAAUAUACCGCCCCCCCCCCCUUUCGUGGCAAACAGCUGGUAAUAGGAUUACAGUUUCUUUUACAGAACUGCACACAUACAGCCUCGGAUGCUAUGUAUACCCUUUGUUGGGUGCAAAGAGUUCAGCUGCAAUCUUCAUAUGCAUAUGUCACCAUUUAACAUCCAUCUAUUAUGUCGGAUGCUGAAUGCAUGCAUAAGAAUAUAAAGAUACAUAUUUUAUAACCUAUUACAUAAACACCCAUUUAUUAUGGAUAGAUUUAUUUAACAUUCAUGUUUCAAUGUCACACGGGCAAACUGGUUGAAUACCAAUGCAUUCCGUUUUGGGAUUCGCUGUAGAAUUGGAAAGUUAUUUAAAUGUAUAUUAUAAUAUUGUCAAAUUAAGUCUGAUUCUUAAUUUUCUGGCACAAAUGGCUUUUUAAAAUUGCAUAACUCGGUCUGCUUAGCCCCAAAGCUUGAACGGUAGUGUAGUUCCAUUCUAAUACCUGGCUGACUUAGGUGCCCCAUGAUUAAACCCUGGCAUAAGCCAGGCUUAAUGUUUAAUAACAUUUUCAAAUAAAAUAUAAUGCUCAUAUUGUAUUUUCUUCACGGCUCACUGAGCGCUUUGGUUAAAACAGACAAGUUGUUUGUGUCAAAUACAAUGCCUAGACAUUAUAUAUAUUUUCAAACAUAAAUUAGCAUUAGCAAAUGGAAGCAACAGAGGAAAUGUUUCCAUGGAUGGAAACUUGACAUGCCAUUGGACUUCAGUGGAGACUAAUCUGAAAUGUUAACUAUAAACAGCAAGAUUUCUUAUAUUUUCAUUGGACAAAGCUGCUUGCAAUGAACUGCCAUUUUCUUAAAGGCAUGGGAAGGCGGUAGAGACCUAAAAGUUGUCGUACGAAUCCAAUCCCCACACUUUACCUGUUAAUUGGACACAAGACAGCCAUCAGUGUGAAAAGGCAUUCAUAUUAGAAAAGUAAAUAUCUGCCAAAAAAUAAAUAAAUCAUGCACAGACAAAUGGGAAGGAAGCACCUUUCAUGCCGUUUCUACCAGGGAGUUGUGAAAUUACAUCGGAUAAUAGAAGGAAAAGGCAUGAAAUGCCACCUUAUAAAAUAAAAUUACUUGACAAUGAGGAACGAAGAAAAAUUCCACACUCAUCUCAGUGACAAUUUGCAGGGCUGGCCGAAGGUGUUUUGCUUCCUGUUCCCUUGACACAUGCAGAAGUCGACUAGCUCAGCAGUUCAAUCUUUCUUCCAUUUAGGAGAUAGGACAGCAUCUUCCACCAUAGCUGAAGGCAGCGGUUAUGGGGCACACUUCGCUUUGUCCUCAGGUCCACUCCCUACUUCCAGAAUCUGCCACCUGACGCAGUUGCCUCAUUCUGCCUAAUCACAAGACUGACCUAAACAGUUUGCACAUGAUCGCUAAUUCAUGUGCUUUCUAUUGUCCUUUUAAAAUGUCACUGUUGUUCCGAUGUCAUAAUCCACUACUUUAUCUCUCAGACUCAUAACAUUCAGUUUCCUUAGCAGUUUUGUGAAAUGAACUUUACAAAAUACGCUUUUGGAAGCUUUAGGUAAAUUUGAGCAAUAUGUUGUUGUUUUUUCAGGUAAUCUAGCAAGUUUAAAAGGUUUUGCCUCAUUGUAUAAGCUUUGCAACUUCAAGUUUGCCUUGGUAGGUGCUUUAGAGUUUGUUUGGUUGUCUGAAUUGUUUUACUAUAGGAGAGGGUAGAGUUCCCUCCCCAACCCAGUGCAGUUUUUAGGGUGGGCAUACAGAUGAAGCCCGCAGAUAUACUGGGGAACACCUUUAGAGAGAAUAGAGCUGAUGUUUUGUAUUGAAAAAGGAUGUAAGCAUAUGUGAGCCACAAGGUUCCUGAUUUAAAUACUGCUUUAAUCAGAUGCUCACUAGGGAAGUCUUAGGCAAGCCACUACCUUUUAGCCUUGGCUCCCCAUCUGCAAUACAGAGGUAAUAACAAGGUUGUUAUAGGAAUUACAGACAUAAUCUAUGGGGAAAUAUUCUAUAUAAUUGCUAUUUAGUACUCAUUUUGAAUAGUCAUAAUUACUGUACUAGAGCUAAUUCUUUAGUUUACGCAUGAGUUCAAAAAUAUUAGUGUGAAAUCUCGCUGAUACAAUUGUUCAGCAUCAUUUUUCCCCCCGAUAAAGAGAAAUUCAAGGGUUUUUGGGAUUUCACCCAUCAUUCAGUUGAAAGGAGUUAAGAAGUAGCAAAUUUAUUUAGUACCUUUCUUUUGGGGGGUGGGGCUCUUAGAUGCCAAUAUCUCGCAAAUCCAGCACUUUCCCCACGAGGUUCCAUAUUUUGUAUGGAUUUAAGCAGCGAAUUUGCUUCUUGACUUCCAAGUAAUUUUGUUUUAUAAAUUACUGCUUGAGCCUUAAGUAUUUGAGGUGGCAUUUUAUGCCUUUUGAUGUCAUUUCAGAAAUUUCUAGCGGAAACUAUAUGAAAUAUGCUUUCUUCCCAUUUAUCUGACGUUUUUAUCAAUAAAACACCCCUUCCCUUUCCUCCCUUUGCACAUUAGGCUGUCUUCCUGUCACAUCCAAUCAAACAGUAACAUGCAGGCGCACCUUUGAUCAAAAGGUGAUUAUUUGCAGAAUCUAAAAUAUAAAUACCUAAGAACUUUCAAUUUCAAAGCGGGGGAAUGAGAAUGUCUUCUUCAUGCCUACCACACUACUAACUGAGGAAAGAGAGGUGUUUUCUCUGCGUGUCUGAAAAAUUGACAUAGGGGACAUGAGAAACCCUUAUUUGAUUCCCUCCCCCUCUUUCUUUUUUCUUUUUCUUUCUCCUCCUGUGAUGAGGCUACAUUUUAAUAUUUUAAUGUUUCAAUAUUUUAAUAUUUUAAUGUUGUAUUUUAAUGUUGUUUUUAAGUUGUAUUCAUUCAACUUGUUUUUAUUAUUGCUUGUUAGCCGCCCUGAGCCCAGCCUUGGCUGGGGAGGGUGGGGUAUAAAUUAUUAUUAUUAUUAUUAUUAUUAUUAUUAUUAUUAUUCAGGGGUGUGAACAGGAUUUUCUGGGCCCAAUAUGCUGUGAAUUGGGCUCUUUGCUGAAAAAAAUGCACAUAAAAUUUGCAUGCAUAUGUCAUAAGCAAAUUUGAACCCUCUUUUGCAGAUACAGCCAUAGAAGGAGGAAUAAAAUGGCUACUUGUAAUCAUAUUUUGCUUCCUUUAAACAGAGUGAUGCAUCAUUAGACUAUAAAGGGACUUUUUCUGGGUCUCCCCUCUACCCCUGAAAAGUAGUACAGCUCCAGUGCUUAAACCAAUCUUCAUCUGGCCUAAUUAUCACAUUUUUGGAUUCAUGAGACCCACUUGUGUUCAACUGAGCUCCCAGUUUGUUGUACACAAAGGAUCCUCUCGCCAUGAACCCCAUUAAACACACAGAUACUUAUUUUUGAAUAGACAUGUAUACCAGUGCACUGUAAGCUAACCAUACAGUGAGUUUUUAAUAAGUGCCUGGAGUUGUCUAAGCAUCUUUGCAUAUAUAUUUUUCAAAUUUUGGAGUGAAGGGGUGGGUGACAUCCAAUUGGGGGGAACCACACACACUUUUAGGGAGUGUUGGAUCUCAAACUGUAGAGAUUCCAAGAAAAAGAUAAAUAAAAAUGCAGGGGUGAGGAAUACUGCACUGUUUAUGACCUCAGGAAUUCUUGUCUCCUGGUAUCUAAACACCUCACUUGUCAAUCACAGUUCUGACUUCACUCUGGCAAAAAGCACUGAAAGGCAGGAACAGCCAUAUUGGUUCAUCUGCCAGCACAUUUUGGUUCUUAACUUCCUUUACAGGAGACCAAUCAGCUUACUUUUAAAAAUAAAUAAAAUCCCAGAGUCUGAUGCUUCUGCUGUCUGUAGACUUGGUACAUCUGCACCCCCAUAGCCCCUCUCAACAGACCUGUCCUAAUCCCUUAUUGACUAAAAUGUUUACUGAAACUUUAUGACUUCUGUCUAAGUUCCUUGAAUGUUUUACCUAGAGAAGUAGCUAUGAAUUUCAUUCCAGAUGUUGUUCUUGCGACAUUUUGGUAGAGCAGUAGUAAAGACAUCUAAAAUUAUGGUCGCAAUCUUCUGUUUAAUGUUAAAGUGGCAGAGGAUAGUUGAAAAUGAUCUGUUUCUAUGGUGCAGGCCAGAGUCCUUUAUAAGCUAAAACCUUCGUUAUUGAUAUUGAAGGGGCCAGUAAGCUUAAUGGCUGCAAUCCAGCACAGAGUUAGGCGCACUUAAACCUGUGGAUUUAAAGGGGCUUAACUGUGUUUAUUGUGCUGGAUUGUGGUCUAUUUUGUUUCUCUGCCAUAUUCUCCAUGCAGCCUUCAGUACCGCAGUGCUUCCUUGUUUUGAGACUCAGACUGGAAAGCUUCUGAGAACAAAAGGGAGACAUUCCGCCUAGGACACAUUCAGCUUGUACCGCAGAGGCUGGAAGAGCAGUAUUCUUCUCCGGGCAUUGGCUUGUAAUGGAAAUGGAAUGCCUGUGGAUGAUAAUAUUUCCCCAAGCACCUAUGGUGCAGAUAGGAGGCAUACUGUAGAUAGGGACUAUCAUUCCUGUCAGCAGAUUGCCGGCUCAAGAGAGCCGGUGACAGUAAAAACCCUGAAGCAAGAGACAGAUACAAAAUAGAUGAAGUAAACAUGUCUGGUGCAACCUUGUCUCUCAGGUUACAUUUGCUCCUGGUUUUGUCUCUAUUUAGAAAUAACACAACUAAUGCCAUGCUAUGCUAGUGGUUCAUAGGCAGGACUGGGCCUAUUUAUCACCCAAAGCUAUAGGUGGCCAAAUUCUAGGACACCACUGGCAGACUAAGAAGGGUUUGUGGCACAUCUGGAUAGGAGUAGCACGGUCUAUUCCACAGGUGGUGGGCAUGUCCCCAAAUAAAAAAAAUUGGGACAUGAUCUAUGAAGAACUAAAAAGACUGCUAAAACACACAUUUUUAAAGAAACCUGAAGCUUUCAUAUUAGGCAUUCUAACGAUAAGCAUCCCAAAUGAAAAUAAAAGAGUGUUUCUUUACGUGACAACAGCGGCUAGAAUGCUAAUACAGUGGUACCUCUGGUUACGAACUUAAUUCAUUUCGGAGGUCAGUUCUUAACCUGAAACUGUUCUUAACCUGAGGUACCACUUUAGCUAAUGGGGCUGCCGCGCUGCCAAGGCACGAUUUCUGUUCUUCUCCUGGGGCAAAGUUUUUAACCCAAGGUACUACUUCUGGGUUAGCGGAGUCUAUAACCCGAAGGGUUUGUAACCUGAGGGUUUGUAACCCGAGGUAUCACUGUAGCAAAAUACAGUAGUACCUCAUUGUGAGUCCGCCCCAUUUAGCGUCCAUUUCAUGGAACAUCCACAGCAAACCUGGAAGUACCGGAACGGGUUACUUCCAGGUUUGCUGCUCGCGCAUGCGCUGAAGCUCAAAAUCGCUCACGUGCGUGUGCAGAGCAGCGCUUUGUUGAGCGUCCCUUUCAUCGAGUGUCCGGGGGCUCCGGAACGGAUCCCAGACUCAAAACAAUGUAUCACUGUACUGGAAAAGUGAGUUAAUACCAACAAAAGACGGGUGGCAAUUAAAGUUGUGCGAGUCCCUUGAACUAGCCAAAAUGAUAGAACUAAUAAGAGAUCACUCAGGCAACAAGGUAAAAAAGGAAUGGGAUUGCUUUAAAAACUACCUGACAAAAUAUGGUUCCAAAGCAAUACUUGGUUGUGAUUAAUCUCACAGAUAUGUACUUGACUAAUUCUUUAUCAUUUAUCAUUUAUCUUUUUUCUUUCUCUUUUCUUUUUAUAUUUUUACUUUUAUGUAUUUUUUAUUUUUAUUGUUGAAUAUUUGGAUGUAAUGCUUAAUUCAUGCUUUCUCUGUAAUUUUUAAAAAUGCAAUAAUGAUAAUAAUGAUGUUAAUGAUGAUGAUGAUGAUGAUAAUAAUACUGGAGUAGGAUGGACUACAGCCUGGAUUUGCCUCUCCUCUGCUGUGUUGCCGUUUGCUCUCUGGCACAGUACGCUAGGGGCAAAACCACAGUGAGAUGCAGAGGGCUGCAUACACGCUGUAAAAGUGCAGUGGUAUCUCUUAGACUGCGGAUCUGGCAAAUAUCACAUUUGCCCAAAGGGAAAUGUGAUAGUCGCCAGAGGGAAGGGCUGUAAGUCCAAUGGUAGAGCAUCUGAUUUGCAUGAAAAAGGCCCCAGGUUUCAUCCCUGGUUUCUCCAGGGAGGGCUGAGAAUAUUCCUUGUUUUGAAAAAGCCAGUCAGUGUGGUCAGUAAUGUGCUUGAUGUACCAAGGCUUCCAGUGUUCCUAAAGCUUUGGACAACGGUGGACACUUUUGCCCAGGUCUUCUCAUUUCAGCCAGAACUCAGUCUCGGUACCUCUCAGGUGGGCGCCAUUACCAUUAUAAGAAAACAAGGGAGGUGUUCAUGCUGAGUUCUGGCACGUCUUUUUUUAGAACAACAGUACUGCUAUUGUCUGUUCCUCACAACUUUAUCAGUAUUAGCCACUCUUGUCAGGUUCAGAGGAUAUAGCUGUGGAAACCUUGACCAUUUUGCUCAGGGAAGGAAGUAGUAUGCCACCUUCUUCCUGCAACAAGUUGUCCCAGUUCCAGAUGUGUUUCAGAUCCAUCAGGCUGGGGUGGCAAGGAAGACAUGCAGGCACUGAUGAUCAGCUAUAAAGGCUCAUUGGCUUAGCAGGGAGGCUUCAGAUGACCACCCUGAUAUUACAUUGUUCUGAUGGUGCAUUCAUGUUUAUGCCAUUAGCAAUUAUCUUGUCACAAUUCCAUGCACAAACAUAGAAUUAAAUGGAAGUAUAUGUCAUAUAUACUGCAUCAAGAUUGAACAGUUUUCAUUAUGGGUUUGCUUUUGGGACUCCUGGUCUGGCCUUCUUGUUCCCUCUGUGAUAUUUAACAAGGACCACCUUUGAUUCAGUAGGUGUUUCAAGACCAAAUCCUUGACAGCUUUACUUCCCUGUUUAAAGGCUAAGAACCUCAUUUUGUUUUCAACAUUCUGUCAUUUCUUCACUCCUCACUUUUAUCUUUUGAAAUGCCAUCAAAGUGUUCAGCAAAUAUUUGUGACCAAACAUCUUUAAGGGAAGGUAGUCUAAUUACCGUUUGCCUAGAUCUCUAAAACAAAGUUGGCUAAUCCUUAGUUCACCCCCCCAUUUUUUCCUGCUUCCCUUUAAGAUCCUAACAAUUUUGGUGGUGCCAGCUAGCAGGGUGUGGUGGGGAGAAGACAUAGUGCUGGGGUGGGCACCCUAAAGCAGAUGCAAAUACCCCCUCCUCAGUCAUCAGAUCUAUCAUUUGAUGAGCAGAAAGGGGUUAAUAAACCCUCCCCCUCAGCUAAUCUGCAUGGUUCUAAGUAUGUGUGCAUGCACAAGAGUUUGGGGUGGCCACACCCACCCCUGGAAUGAGGGACCUGGAGGGUUGACCAAGGGUCAAUGACUGAAAAAAGACUUACUGUUGGUUAAAGGUGGAAGAUGAUAAACCGCUGGAAUGGGAUUUUCCUAUACAGGGGUGGGGGGAGAGAGAGAGAGAGGGAGGUGGCAAAGAUAUUCUGGUUUUAUAUUGGUUUUUACUGAUAUGGUUUUUCGCCAAUGAAUUUUAGAAAUAUUGGUUCCGUGAGUGAAUGGACUGACAGUUCUCUUUUGGAGUCUUCUGACACACUGCACAGAACUACAUUUCCCAGACUUUCUUGGGGAGAGGAAAUUAAAUGAUUAAAUCAUAGUAAGAGCCAGUCUGAACAUUAUGGUAAAAACAGGUGCUGUGCAUCUGGUUCCCCCUCUGCAAUGACUAAUAGAACCUGUCUCGUAGUUAGGUCAAAUUCCUGUGCUUGCCUGUCAUCGGCAAGCGGAAGCAAGGAGAUGCCUUGUGCUGUGUGACGUCGGGACAUUGUGUGGCUUCUACUGCAUGUUAAAGAGACUGAUUCAUAUAACAGCAGUUUUAGCACUUGGCAUUUGAUUACAAUAACAACUAAUUUGAUCCCCAAUUCCUGAUGUAAAUUUGCAGAACCAUAUGCAAGAGAGAAAAAAACACCCAAAAGAAAAAGAAACAUCCAUAUGCCUUUUUUUGCAGGGGGGAGGGCGGGUGUUCUUAUUUAAUUACACAUUCAAAAUUAUUGCUUCCCUGAACCUGAUGAGAAAACAGAAAUGAUCUAAACUUCCUUUUAAUAGCUUGGGAGCCUGCAUUUAUGAUUACUCAUUUAUUUGCAUUAAAUUCACCAGCCCAUCUGUUCCACUGUGCUUUGUACAUUCACUGGAGACUUAAAAACAUAUUACUUAAAUGUAUUAGGAAGUCAAUGAUUACUUUAACCAAGCAAAGCGAUCGGGUUUCUUCUCCCUGAAUUCCCAUCCAGAGACAUUUCUUACAUCUUAUGUUAACGAAAAUGAUUUACAUUCCUCAUGCGCACAGCAUGCAGUCACUGUUUGGAAUCCCAAUUAGAACUGACAUUUGCGGACGAGAGAUGUGUAGGUGUGUACUAAUAUAAGUAAAUAUUAGCCACAAGUGAAACUCGUGGGAGAAUUUGGUUCCUUUAGCCUACAAUGUCACAAGAGAAAAGCUUCCUUAGAAUAACUAAACUUCUGAUAGUUGAAGCACGCUACUCUUUUCUGAAAUGAAAUGAGGCUUGUUUCAUGCUUUCACCCAAAAAGGUUUACUUUGUAACAGGAAAAAAGCACACCACAAAAUUUAAUGAAGAAUUAAAGAGUGUUAUUGAAUCUAUUAACGAAGUGUAAGUAUAAAACAUUAACACUUCCCGCACCUUCCAGGUAGUGAUGGGUGAACUAGCCUUGGCUCAAUUCCAAAUUGGCUUGGCAUUCUUAGAUGGUAUUUUGAAGGAGUUGGGGGGGGGUGCCUGUGUGAGGAUGCAGGAAGCUUGCUUAUUUUCAGAAAGCUCCCUCUCAGCUUAUAAUGAUGGAUUUCAGAUAUGGAUGGUAGUCAGCCGCCACAUCUCUGCGGAAAAGCACUUGGGAGAAUUGACCCAAAUAAUAAAACGGACCCCAAACAGGCUUGUAAGUUUUAGUUUCACUUGCUAUUUUCAAAUAGCAUCUCUAUUUUCAGUAAGUUUUCAACUCACCCUCAAAAUCUUGGGUUCCCCCCCCAAAUUACAGUAAAGCCCACCAAGCCUGGUUUUUAAGGCUCCAGGAAACUCUGCUGCCCCUGUAGGAUAAGCCUUCAGAAUCAGGGAGUUAUCUGAACCAAAGGAGUCCCUUUAUAUAUGCUCUGUAAGGACUCCUCCUACCCCAUAUGAUAGGCAAGAAUGAUGCCCUAGCACCAAUCCCAGAUCUAAGGUUAGUUGCAUGGGCAGAGGGAAGGCUUACAAUAAGGAAGCUCAUCCAUCUACUCCCAUGAUUUGGUUUUGUACCUGAACUAGCCAUCACAUACUUACAAGAUCCUUCACUUAAUUUAGCAGGACACUUAAACAGUUCUUGCAAGUCACUCAUAUGUAGAAGGUAUGGGUGGGGGGCAUACCCUUUUUUUAAACAUUAUCUUGGAAGGUUGUGGCUCUCAUCUCUCCCUCGUAGUGGCUACUUUUAUUCAAGCUGGCUAGACAUAAUUGGUUUGAUGAAAUGGUCAUUAGGGCCACUUUCGAUACACGAACUAGAUGUCUUUGACAAGACAUAAUUUGCUCUGUCUUUCACUUACUGUGUUACUGUUUCACACAAAGAGAGAUUUCGGCAAGUCACCCCAAAUUUCUUUCAAAAACACAUUGAUAUAUGAAUAUGACAUUGAUAUGGAAUUUCCCCCAAAAUAAAACUUGAGGUGAAUUUUAGGAGUCCUUCUACAUUGGAAAGCCACUUCCGCCCUGCAGAGGAGGUGGGAUUGCGGGCGUCACGGCCCCACCAAGCGCGCUGCGACUGGAGCCCAGCCCCCGCGUGAUUGGGGGAAUUCCCAGCCACAUCACCCCCUGGUGAGCUAAUCGGCUGGCUCCAGAGGUGAGCUAAUCGGCUGGCUCCAGAGGCAUGGCCUGCCCUAUUUAAUACAGGCACAACUGGGGAUCUCCCUCUUUUCCCACCUACCAGCUGUUCCUGUUUUCUCACCCUCCCGCCCUUUAAUGUUUUUGUUCCUUGACCUUGCUAUGGACCUUGGUUGGUCGCUGUUGAGGGGCCUGGUAGGAAUUUUUCUUUUUUUAAAAAAAUGAUAUUUAUUAAAGUUUCAAAGAAUACAAAAACAAAAAAUAAAAAUACAAGAACAUACAAAAUACAGAAAAAAGAAUAAAUUUUUUAAAAUAUAACAAAAAAAAAAAAGAGAAAUAACGAAAGACAUACAAGAUAAAAACAGUUAAAAACACGUUAACUUUCCAUAGCAUAUCUUCCUUACCCUUAUUUCCCCGGACCUCCUCAUACCUCCCUUUUUUGUAUUCCAGUUCAGUUUGUUAGUUCAGCAAAUCCUUACCAUUAAGCUUUUACCCAUUUGUAAACCUUUUUUCGUAUCUCUGAAUUUUUCCACUUGGCAAAUUGGCACUAGCCACUUGGUUUUUGCCUACCUUGUAGCAAAUCGUCACAAUUUUCUGGGUAUUGGCGGUUAGGCUAGUAUAGUUCUGUAGAUGGAAGAGGGGAGGAAGCGCCAUCACCUGCCCUGCAUAUUGAAGGGUAGUCUGAUAAAGGAUUCCAAGGGGGGGGGGUGGUCCUGCCCAAAGCCUAUGGAGGUGAGGGCCUAAGGCACACCCCUAUCGGUGACCCCGGGGGAGUUCCUAGUUGAUGUGCACCAGCAGGACUCCUCCACUGGUGGUUAACCCUUCCCGGACUUCAUGCGGAUGGGCUGAAGCCGGAUGUAGUAGGUUAGGACCAGUGCCUAAGCCAAUACUGCUCAUCACCUGUAACCAAUAAAGUUGUGGCCUUAUUUAGCCCAAUAACCUUAAUAAUUGUGUCAUGUGUCUUUAUAUCCCCUGGGGGGUGGGCGGGAACUCACCAUGCAAUUUUACGUAAGCCACAUUAAUUUGUGAGCCUCUCUCUCCCCCCCCCCCCCGCAAAGUGAAAUUUGAAGCAACUUUGAAUUGAUAGUUCUGCUUAGCUUAAACAUAGAUUGGAAAUUAAGGAGAAGUUAAAAGAAUGUUGAUCUUGGGAAAUUUCUUGUGGCUUUUUUUUUGGGGGGGGGGUUCAUAUACAGGUAUGUUACCACUAAAUGUUACACGGUGAAAAUAGAGGUGAAUUUGAGAAGACCUGGGUCUGGCAAAAUGUAUUUGGUGAUUUUAAGGCAUUCUUAAAAUGCAUGUAUGCCACUACUGUGGCCUGUGUUUCAUAAGCUCAAAAAUGGAAAAUGAGUGAGGUCCCAACUAAAGAAGAAUGACAACUUAAGCUUACAGAAUAUGCACAGGUUGCAGACUUAAUAUAGAAUAAGAGAACAAGAAGAACAUAUGUUUGGAGAAAAAUGGAAAAAAAUUAUUGAAUAUAUGGGGGGGAUUGUGUACACUUGAAAACAUUGGCAGCAGUAAUAUAAAUUCAGCAGUGUAAAUAAGUUUUGAUGGAUGUAAUAAUGGAAUACUGAAUGGUUUAGUUUUUGUAAAAUAUGCAGGGAUUUAUGAUAUGCAAAAUGAACCAAGAAGAAGGGAAGUCACUGUUAUUUUAAAGAUGUUUAAAUGAGUACUCUAAAUUGUAAAACAGGGGAAAAAAUUAUAUUAAAAUGAGUAAAAAAUAAUUCUCUGUUCAAAAACUGAUAGUUUUUGAAAGAGAAUGAUAACAUUCUAUCAAAGUUGAAGAUGUGUCUGAAAGUUUUGUUCCUUGUUUUUACAGGCAAAGAAAGGCAACUACGCAUUCUUGUGGGACGUUGCAGUAGUGGAGUACGCGGCAUUGACGGACGAUGAGUGCUCUGUGACAGUCAUUGGAAACAGCAUCAGCAGCAAAGGAUAUGGGAUAGCGCUCCAGCAUGGCAGUCCAUACAGGGAUCUCUUCUCCCAAAGGUAAUACAAAAGUGCUCGGGCUUGAACCCCUUCCCCAAGCCGAGUAUCCCAUUUGCUGGCAUUUAGAGCCUUGGCUAAUCAGCUGCUUCUGGGUGAAUAUCGCUUGUAGCAAUGCAUUUCAGUUCUGUCGCUUCUUCAGGGUCACAGGAUGGCCCAUCUGGUUUUCAAUUCAGGUGAGUAUGGGGGACGCAGGGACAGAGGGGCAGUCCAGCUCUUUCUAAAUUAGGACUAGUUCACAGGCGAAGAACUGUGUGAGAGUAGAAAAUCAUGGCUACAAAUUAAUGAAAACUGUCAAGUGGGGAAUAAUCAGUGAGAAAUGUGUGGUUUAUUAUUCUAUGUUCAAAGAUAAGCAAAUGAGAGGUGCUCCUAAGAGCCACUUUACCUUUUUCACAGCAACAAACCCAGGUUUGCUGCUCAACAGGAAGCUGCAGUCAACCCUGUCUCUCUAAUGAGUAUACCUGUAUGAUAAUAUGUUUCUGAGCACCUUUUUGCCACAUUCAUAAUUCAUGCUUCUUGCUCUGCUCUUUAAAAUACCAGAUGUAUAUUUCAAAAGCAUAAUGGGUUGGAUCCAGGCUUCUUCUACUAGCAGAAAGAAUAAUUUUUUGACGUUCUGUGAAAUCUCCUCGAAAAUAAAGUAACAGAGGACCAGAAUUACCAUUUCAUUAGGGCAAGUCCUGAACAACAUGUCACCUUCAUAAUCAAUAUGUGCAAUAGUGAUUGCAUUUGGUUUAGUGUGUCUUACUUUGGAAACAACACAUGAGCAUUCCUGGAAGUCUGAACUGACAAUUUAGGUGGAAAAAAGGAAAGCGGAACAGGCGGUUACCUUGCUGAACACCACUAGCUUAUAUAAUUUAUCCUGGGAGUGUGGGAUUGCAUCAGGGGCACAUGGGGAUGUUUCCAGAAGCAGGAAAGGAAGCAGAUGGCAUAUGUUAUGGUUUUCACUCUGCAGAAAUACUUCUAUUCUUCUGUUCUAUAUAUGAUGCUCUUAUAUUCACUCUGAUCAUGAUAAGAUCAGGUUCAAGAUGGAUCUCCCUAAACUAUAAUCAAGUAGCACUUGACUUAUACCAGGGCAGUUUUGGGGACUAUCCAGGUCAGUCAGAGCUUUUGUCUGUUGUCAUCCAUCUGUCUCAAGUGUGCCAUUGAGGGUAACGCCAAAUAACUGGAGAGUUACAGUGCCUGUUGUGGCUGUAGAGACAAAUAUGGUGGAGACAUGUUUUAUUGUAGCUGGGGCAGAUUUUGUACAUCUUGUGCAAAAUGUGUACAUGACCAAGCCUGCGUGAGUCAGAGCAGCCCAGUCUUGAUUAUCUGUGGAUCGCCAGGAUCUCAGGCAGGGCUGUUUGACAUCUUCAGCUAUGUGCUAGUUUAGGAUUGGCAGUGCUUCAAUGGAAAAUAAUUCCCCACCACACACACUUGAAUUUCUGUUUCCCACAAUCUCUUUGGAGGAGUACAAAGCUGUUGUCAACGACUGGUAUGAUCCUUAAACAGAAGCACUCCUGGAGAUUUAAUCAUCAGAGCAUCUGUAUGAAGUUUGCAGUUUUUGCCUGUGGUGCCUAAUUCAGGGGUUUUCAUGCCUGUCAGUUGUCAAACAAAAUGGGGCUAUGAAUAUGUAAGGUAGUGCUCUCUUAAGUCUUGCUGUGCUGAUAUGCAGUACCACAGAAGCUGAUUGCAGGAAACCAUGCCUAGCUCUGCAGUUACCUGUUGGCUUUUGUUUGGGGGUCAAGGCUGCUUCCCAUCCCAAUUCUGCCAGUGUCCAUUGUUUUCUGUGUCCACAUCUCACCACUCCAGUGCGAAAAUCUGGCUGGACAGGAAUUUGGCAAGCAUUGUUAAUCUAUCCAGUUCAGUGUAUGAUUUGGAGCUCUUGGGACCUGGAACUAUAACAAGGUCAAUUUAAUAAACCAAUGGAAAUGAUAGGCAGGAGAACAAAGAAAGUAUGCCUGUUCAGCCCUCUCAUAGUGUGUAGGGAGGGGAUUCGCUAAAUGGGGCCUGACAGGUUGGGGGUUCUCUGCUGUACCUUUUCUGGCUAUCAGAUUUAGUAUCCUAAGGUCUCUUAGUCAAGCCUUUCUUCAUGCGCUGUUUUGUUGAGUAAGGGAGUGGCCAUCGCUGCCUAUAAUGGUUUGCACAGAGGCCAUUAGGACUUCUCCUGUAGUUGGAGACCUAUUGCACCCCUACCCACAAGCACAGUGUUUGUGUGCUUCAAAAGCACAGCUUGAUAGUGCUUGCUUCCUCUAACUGGUCACAGCUGGGGGUUGCUUUUCAACAGAGAGACGCUUCUGAACUCACAUGUGAGGCCUCAUUUGUACUAAGUAAUGUUCUCAACAUUAUUUUUGACCAUUAUGCAUGGCACCAAGAUAAUGCUGAGGAAAGACUUGUGCCACAGUUUGCUGAACAGCAACGGUAGCACCAUUUCCACCCCACAAGUACAAUGGUGGAUCCAACCCAAUAUGUUGAGAGGCCCUUACUUAUUCACAACUUUCUGAGUGUGUUGUUAAUAUUGAUUCCUGCAAAACUUUACAGUGUUCAUAUUUCGUUCAUUGUACAAUUGGGUAUACAUUUUUUUGGUAGCACAAACCUUGCCGAUUGUCAAAUUUAUAUUCUUCCUUUGCAGAUUUCCUCUGUGCAAGCUUUCCUUGUAGAAAUAUAAUGCUUGUGGUUUUCCCUAAAAUGAUCUCUGCAGGAUCUUAGAACUACAAGAAGCUGGAUACUUGGAUGUGUUCAAAGAGAAAUGGUGGCCACGAAUGGGACGCUGUGAUCUGAACAGCCACACCAACGCACAGACGGAUGGGAAGGCCCUGAAGCUUCACAGUUUUGCAGGGGUCUUCUGCAUUUUGGCAGUGGGCCUGCUCCUGGCCUGUUUGGUGGCAGCCCUGGAGUUGUGGUGGAGCAGCAACCGUUGUCAUCAAGAGACACCCAAAGAGGUCCAUAACUUUUAUUCUUAUCACAAUUAAGUGUAGAGAAUGUAAAACUUACAUCAAACUGAAGCUGUGGAAAUCCAGUUCACUGGAUUACAAUUGCAGAUAAUUACAUUUAAGCACAGGUUUCUUUCUUUUUAAAAAGUUAUAUCCUUUUUCCAUAUUUUUUUUUAUAAAAAAUCCCUAAUGUUUGUGUUUUAUGGAAGGUACCAAAAUGUCAGCUCUGGCAACUAAAGUCCUGUAUUUAUUUAUAGAGCAGAUACAGCCUGGGCAGCAGCAGCACUGCAAACAUUCCCACAUUGCCCCACCAUUGUGCCUCAACCUUGCCAUGGAGAGACCAUCUUUAGGGGUAAGAGAGUAGCUCAGGCACCAUGCCUUUGGCCCCCUCUGUUAAAACUGACAGACAAGGAUGUUUAGGGCUGCCUUAAAUACACAGAUUCAACACCUCCUGAUUCUUGCAACAACAACAAAAAUCCCAUGUUUACCUGCUGGCCAAGCCUGCACCACAUGUCACCUCCUCCUCGACCCCAAGGACUGCUUUUUGCCCUUCUGGUUUGGUGUUAAAAUACUUGACCUGGAAUAUGGGAAGAUUGAGAGCAAGUGUAAGGCUAUUUACCUCACUUGGGGCCCUUAUCUGAUCUUUUGGUUAAGGCAAUAGAAGCAAUAAUGCAGUCACCAGGUGACAUGAAUCUUGAGUAACAAGCUAGAUAGGUCAGGUGGAAUCUAGUGACUUCAAACCAUUUAAUAGUUUAACUAUAUUUUUUUUAACUUGGGUAUACGCAACACAUGAUUCACCAAGACAGCUCAAAUAUAGUCAUGUAUUGUGAUCUCACAGGAGCUAAACAACCCUUCCUGUCCCAUUUUUUUGCAGUCCUAGGUACACCACAAGAGCAUGAGGUUUAUUGAGCUUCUAGUAGGGUCUGUGUUCAGCUUGGUGAAUGUUUUUUUGGGGGGAGGGUGCAUAUGAAAGCCACUGAACUGGUUGUUUGUGAAAUGGGGACUUGAGUAAGGCCUUUCCCAGGUGUCUUCUGCCACCAUGGAGAGAUUAUUUCAUUCCAAGAUGUGAAGUCUCUAUGGUAGUUAGUUGCUGUUAGCUGAUAAAGCAGUCAGAGAGGGAUUGCAGAGGAUGAUGUCAAAAUACGGCAGCAAGGAACUUCAGUAUGUUCCCAUGUGCUCUUAUGUAACUCAGUUUUCUUUGUGGAGGAAAAUAUCCCUUUACAAAGGCAGUGUGGGAGCAGUGCAUAACUAAGGCAAGCUCUUUUAGAGAAAUAUGUAAUGCUGUUUUCCUUUGUUUGAACAGAUGAAUGAAUCUUUAUUCCACUCAUUAAUAACACAAUAAAUCAUUCAGGCCCCAUCACUGGUUGAUGUCCCCCCCACUUCUUGUCACUUUCUAAAAAUAAUACUCUUCAGAGCUAAAUGAGUGGCUUUUAGUUAAGUAUCUCUUAUAGUCAGAAUAUGAAAUUGCCUGUUAUCAAAGGUUUUUCUUGCAAAUAUUUCAAAGCAAUAAUAAUCAACCUGUCAUAGCCAUAUCGUGCAAAGAGACAGCAUCUGUUUGCAUCCAUUUCAAUCUUUAACAACCUCACCUCUCUGUUGGGCUUUGAGACAUUAAGGCACUUUAACCUUCUUUUCAUCUUGAACAGAUGCUUUGUACCAGAGGGUUAUGACAGCAGCCACACCCCGACUGGGGAAGAAGACAGGGCCUAUCACUUUUAAUUUUUAUUUCUGAAUAGCCAGAGUGUUGCACUAACUGACAUGCCUACCACAUACAAACUGAUGGGAAGGCUUAUAUUCUAUAAUGCUACUUGUCAUUAACAUUCCACUUGUCUGGAUUUCUUACUUGUUCAUUCAGUUUUGUCCUCCAAGUCUUCAGCUACCAUGCUUCACAUCCAAGUCAGAGAAAUCAUUUUGUAUGUAAGUCCACUGUGCAUUCUUUUCAAAGGGAACUUUUUUUUGGUCAAAAAAUAACUUACUUAAUUUGCUCACGUAGCCAAGAGCAUCAUGAAUCCAUUUCUUAUUCACGAAGAGAUGAUGUGUGGAGAAAUCCAUCUAUGGGCAAAGACACAUUAUUAGUAUGAGGGCUGAAACCUUUAGUUCGUUCAGUUAAUAGUGAGUGAACUAAAACUAAAUUGAACUGAACACUUUAAAGUUCGGUCUUCUGCAUGUUCAUGGCAGUAGGGAUGUUUGAGGAAUUUGCUCUUUGUGGAUUCCGAUUCAAAGUAGCCUCUUAGACAUACUGUAGAUAUUUCUUGAAUUUUUCAGUUCUCCAAAAUUGUGAUGCAGUUCUAAGUUCAAAAGACACACCCAAAUGUGUAUUAUAUAUAUAUAGUGUGCUUUGGGAUUUAAAAAAAUGCAUACUAUGAAGUAAUAAAAAAAACUAUUUAGUGAGAAAAUAGAUUCAAAAAUACCAUUCAAAUACAAGUUUUCAUGCAUUAUUAUUAUUAUUAUUAUUAUUAUUUAGCAAAAAACCCCUCUGCAAAUUAAUGAAGAGGUGGGACAUAACACCCUUGUGAAACUGACUCAUGAAAUAAAUGCUGAUUUGCCCUGUCAGUGUUGCCCAACUUUCAGGGCACAACUAGACAUGAUGUUGAAGAAAUAUAUAAACCAACUGUGUCCCAGAGGUUGUUUUUUUUAUCUGAAUGCGGUGGGACAAGGCCUCAUACAGAGCUGUGGAAAAUGUGGCAGUGACAUUUCUCUCCCACAGCAUUUUCCUGACUGAAAUUUCCCCCUGUGGCUGCUGUUUGUCCUGUAGGGAGAAACCUACAGUGCAGUUUUAAUCAGACAAGAGAAUUAGAAGUAGGGGAGAGAUUAAGUUGUUCUGUCCCCCAGAAUCAUCAUAGCCCUUGUUCUGUUAACUUUUUAAAAAAUGGGUCAUGGAUUUCCUGCAUCAAAUCUACUUUCCCUAUAUUUGGGCAAGUAAAUCCAUUGAAGAAAGUAGGAACCGUUUCUGAGAAAACUUUGAUAGGAUUAGGAUGUUAGUUGAUGGUGUGGUGGUGGUGGGGAGGCAGCCAGGGUUAAUGAGAACAAUGUUUAAUUGAUACAUUUAAAAGUUAAAUGUUUAGACCUUUUGUUCUAGAAUGCCACUUUAAAGAGAGAGAGAAAUGUAUUAAGGAUUGUCUUUCUUUCCAAGGUUCACUCACUUCACUAUCUCAAAAUGGCACCUAUAAUGAAUUAGCUGUUGGUGAUACGUGCACACUUGUAUAAAUUGAAUCCGUUAUUGGUUGAAAUGCAAAAUAUUAUUUAUAAUCAGUGGACAGAUGACCAAUUAAAACGCAUGCUUUCUACCCUGCAUUUCUCACCACUUCGAACAUGGAGGGUUAUUGGUGCAAAAUGGAAUUGCUGAUUUAAUUCAUUCAAAUAGGGCCUAUUUUACAUCUUGCCAAACUGCCAGGUACAUUUUUCUGAAAGGUGUGCCCAAAGUGUAUCUCACACAACAGCCUUCCUCAGAAGUUGCUGGACUAUAACCUCCAUUGUCCACAGCCAGAAUAGUCAAGGAUAAUGGGGAUAGUCCAACAACAUCUGAAAACCUAAGACUGGAGAAAGCUGCCAUACUAUGUGUGAAUAAUGCACAACUUUUUUAAAAAGUAUGUCUACUUGUGGAUGCACAUGUACUUCAAUUCAUUGUCUGAAACCAGUUUCAGACAUUUUGAGCUGGCAAUACAUGCACGGCCCAUCACAGUGCAUUUCACUCCUGCCUGUGUUGUGCUGGCGGCAGCCAGGAAGUCGCGAUGUAUUUGCCAGCUUGCCCAUCUGCCUGUCUGCAUGUUUGCCUUUGCCCAAGCAAGUUAGGCGGGCUGCCUCUUUCCUCCCGGUCAGUCGCAGAAAGAAUGAGGCAGCCCACCCUGCUUGCAGGCAGGCAGAUGGGAGAGAACCUUCUCAGGCUCCCUCUGCUGAGGCCGGGACUGGGCUGUGGAGGGAGCGAGUCACUAGGAACUCCUUUAACUGAGCAAGCAGGAAGCUUCCUUCCCUUCCUCCUGGUCGCUUCUCCCUCCCUCCCGAGCCCAGCCACUUUUUCAGAUGUUUUUGGUGUUCGGGCAUUGUGAUAUAUCACAAUGUUGAAAACCAGAUACCAUCCAGCCCUAGUCCUCAGAAGUGGUUUUUAUUUUACAAGAUAUACCUGGAGUAGCUCUACUAUUUUUGUAAUAUGCAAAGAGAUUUUGAGAGGCAUUUCCUUUCAGCCGUAAUAUCAAAGAGUGCCACUAUUAAAAAUAAUAUAAUGAAAAGUCCUACCUAUACAAAGUUCUUACAAUGCAACACAGCGGUCAUAUUAUUUCCCCAAGCACACGUAAUACAAACUAUGCCCCAAAGUUGUAGCCAAAUACAAAAAUGAAUGGUUAAAUAGAGGUCAACUUCUUUUUAUAUCAAGGUAUUCAACUCUCCAUUCAUUUGGGAAGGGGGCUUUUUCGCCAUUCUUUGCUGUUUCUCAUUGUUGGGAUUCUUUCUUUGUCUGCUUCUUGCACAGAAUUCCAAUGGGCUUCUGAUUGUGUCCAGCUUCACUAAUGCUUUGGAAUCUGCAGUUUUGCUAAUAGGACUGUCUCUUGGAAUUGCCAGAGCCUAGUCAUUGCUUGCUAAAUGCUCUCUAACAUUGCAAAAUGCUAACCACCCAUUUCUAAGAUCUGCUUUGCCAGCAAGUAGGCACUUUGCAUAGCCUACGCUCACUGGCCACUGUAGCAGUGCAGAAUUUCAAUCAACUAUGCCCUGCAAGCACUGCAGGGAUCUUACAGCCAGGAUUUUAAGGCAAACCAACCAUGGAAGAUUUGAUUGAAACAUUUCGGGGGAAUUUCCUCCUGGGGAGUAUAUUUUUAACCUAAGUUCAGUAGGAGGUGAUACUUUAAGAAAUGAAAAAUGGAUUAAUAACUUUGGGUAGAUCACAGAAACAGACAACUCCUCUCUAAGGUAGUAUCUAGGCAGAGGAAGCCACUUUGAUGCUGAUCAUGGCAUGACUUGCAAGCUAUUGCCUUGGCUACUUUUAGGUCUGAGAUGGGGAAUGUGUGACCUUCUGGAUUCCCACUUCUGUCAGUACCAGGUAAUAUGGCUCAUGAUCAGAGAUGAUGGGAGCUGUAGUUCAACAAUACCUGGAGAGGGACAGGUUCCCCAUCAUUUAGGUCAUUGUUCCAUCUUGAGAUUAUGGAUGGUACUUACCAGGGCUUUUUCAGCUGGAACUCAGUUCCGGCACCUCUCAGGUGGGCGUCAUUGCCAUUGUAAGAGAACAAGGGAGGCAUUCAUGGUGAGUUCCGGUACGUCUUUUUCUAGAAAAAUAGCAUUGGUGCUUACAUUUAUGAAGUUCCGAGAUACCUUACAGCUCCCUAUCAUCAGCUUGUUAUUGAGUUUUCGCCUGAUAACGAUAAAAAAUAAUGCACACUGAACCGUCUAAACCUGUCCUAAUUAAUAAUCUAAUUUACAUCAUAAUUUUAUAGCAGUUCCUAGGGAGUCCCAGAAAUUACUAUCAAGGAGAGAGGCCCUCGGGCACAUUUCAAGCCAUCAAUAAAUCCUAUUUUGCAAUCUGUUGCGGCCAUCAGUUAAAACAGGGUUUUUAUGUAAUCACAUUGGGAAGGUAAGAUGUAAAGGAGGACAGGUUCCCAGUACCUUUAUUAGUUGUGUGGAAAAGGGACUUUCAACAAGGCCACCUUUAAAUACUGUACUGGAUUCAGUUUUGCUAAGUAUCUUUCCCCACUCCCUAACCUUCAUUUUCCUGUGUAGAGAAAACAGCUGUCUGUUAGGUCUGCUGCUAUUAGCAGCUGAAAGCAACUUGUGUUUGCCUAACUGCUCCUUAUCAGACCAUGUGAAAAACAUUCUUCUAGAAUGUCUUUUGCCUCUUAGCAGCUUUCAAAGGGCCAAUAGUGAGAUUAGCACUGCAGGAGCUAAAAUACUGGCAUUUUGUUAUUGUCAGUGCCUUCACUCAUCUUCCUGCAAACCAAUAAUUUUUUGAAAUCAGUGCACAAGGCUCUAGUGUGCAAAGCUUUUGAACUAGAGAUGACCUGUUCCUACAGGUUUGCCUCUGGCACUGUAGGAGUGUCAACCAUUUUUAAUUUUUUUUACCUUUUUCUUUUUACAAGCCUAACCAGGUUUACAUGUUUUGUGCCUUAUUGUGAUCUCUAAUGCCACAACCAUCAUAAAUACAAUUUUAUUGGUAUUUUUCAUGAAUAUUUUAAACUGCCUAGAGCUCUUUUGUUCUAGUAAGUGGUAUAUAAUGUUUGAUGUAUCAACUAAAAGAAAACUUCCCCCUUUCAGUGUAUUUAGCUUGAAUAAUACCAUAGCUGUUAAUGAUGGGUGUAUUCUAACCUACCUCAAAACAUUUGCAUCCUAAAAACUCCUGCUGUCUUAGAGUCAAGCUUCACAAGUGACAGUCCCAUGUAAUGUAUCCAGUGAUGGACAGUAUCACUUCAAACUGUGUGUGUGAAACGUUUGAAUGAUCCCUCCUUCUGAACAAAAAAACUGUCUGCAUAUUUAAAGCAAGUAUGCAAGGGAGAAGGACAGGCUACAAGUAUCUCUCAAACAUGCUGAUUUUGUAUUUGCAAGAAAUAUUUCACGUAUGAGCAUUCAAUUAUUUGAUCUUUCUCCUGUAUGUGAGGUGUGAAUUGCUCUCACACUUUGUUUUAUUUACUGAAAUAUUUGCUAGCAUCUCUGCAGCCUGGGCUCGCCGAGUGGUGCACAGCAUAAAAAUGAAAAUACAAUAAAUACAAUGAAUUUGAUCACCCAGCAAAUUGCACUACAAAUUAGCAUAAAAUCAUAAAAACUAAAGAAAAGGCUAGGGAAAAUUAUUCACCUGGCACUGAAGAGAAACUGGAUAUUGGUGCCAGGUGUACACUACAGAGCUAUGUUACUUGCUGAUUGGGCUCCUCAAUAAAUGGACUAAGUUGGAAAUACUGUUCUCCAUGCAAUCUAAAGUAGUAGAGUCCAGCAAGGAAUACAUUGCAUGGGAUUUCUGAUCAUGUAGAAUAGCUGCCAGAAGGAGGAACAUUCCUUAGGGACUGAAAAAAAUAACACCACAGGUUCUGCAUAAUGGUAGCCAUUGUGUACCACCUGGAUCCAUUGUACUUAGGCAUGUAUCACCUCCAUUUUUAUUUUUAUUUUUAAAAAAAGCACAACUGGGCCAUUCAUGCACUUUCAGAGUAGAAAAUUAGCUGAACUGUUUUGGGAACUGGGUCCUUCCUCCUACUUAAAAAUGAAAACACUGAAGACAGGAACCAUGGUGCUCUCCAGAUGUUGUGGACUCCCACCAUCACUUUGGCCAUGCUGGCUAGAGCUGAUUGGAAGUGUCUUUCUCAACAUCUGCCAGACAACAGGUUGACAACUCUCAACACAGACGAUCACAGGCGUUGGCAAACUUGACCCUCCAGAUGUUUUGGGACUACAACUCCCAUGAUCCCUAGCUAGCAGGACCAGUGGUCAGGGAUGAUGGGAACUGUAGUCCCAAAACAUCUGGAGGGCUGAGUUUGCCUAUGCCUGGACUAUUAUCUCUCUCUUUUUUGCCAUUUCAUCACUGUCUUCUCCCCCAACCCACCCUAUUGCUGGCUGUUUUUCGUUUUACUGUUUUGUUUUUUCCAACUUGUGUUCCCUAUUCCAUGUGAAGAAAAAUACAAGAUUUUAAAUAUAUAUAUAUAUUCCCCUUCAUUGUAUGUUUAUAUUUUACAUUGCUUUUUAAAUUAUUAUUUUUAUGUAUUUCAAUCACAUCUGAAAUCUGUGUACUUUUUUUGCUAAAAUUUCUCAUAUAAAUAAUCAUCUGUAUGUAUCACUGCAUUGUACUUUAAUUUUCUAAGAUGAAAUAAACUUUUGGGAGCAGGAAAUAAUAAUAAAAAAUGUCACUGGCAAUACAGGGCAGUAGAACAGUAGUACGCUAGCUACUACACAGGGCCAAUUCACAUCUGCAGCCUCUUAAAUUUGCAUUGCUUACAGUCCAGUCCUGUCUACAGACUGUCUACUCAGAAGUAAGUACUCCAGAGUUCAGUGGGGACUCAGAGUACAAUGGGGUUUGGUAUGAAAAAAUGUGUUCACUAGGAUAAAUUCACACCAAAAUGCUGGUGAAUUUUUGCGAGGAAAUUCACAAAUUGUGGCAGAAAUCUAGAGAGCAGAAUUUAAGAUUUCGAAAAAAAUGAGAAACUGGGAGAACUAGCAGGUCCUUCCAUCCCUAAUUGCAGCCGUAAUUGUGGUUAGAUGACUGAGAGUUUGAAUUUAUCACUGAUUCCAUCGGAAAGUAAUGUGUUUGAGGCUCUGUAAAAUGGUCACACGCACUGGAAGCAAGUUAUCACUUGUUAAACAAUGGCCUGUAUUCACUUAUACUUACUAAGACAGAUUUCUACCCAAACAAGCUACCUUGGAAUGUGGAAUCUCCUGUAGAUUCCAGAGUGUAGAUAGAGAAGAAUGGAAGUCAUUCUACUCUUCUCCAACACUUUUCAGAGAAAUAUCAGCUUAUCAUUAGCUCUUUACUACCAUCUGAAUGGAGUUCCAAAACUACCAUGCAAAUAGAACUUGAAGAGCUGUUGAAAACCUGGCCAUUUGACAAACAGUUUUUUUGUGAUAGGUGGUUGGAUAAUUCUCGGACAUACAGUCUUAAAUCAAGGUACUGAACUGUUUAGAAAUCUGGACUACUCUAAUCUACCAGCAUCUCUGUUCCAGGGGAAGAGUGAGGAAUAAGGGGAGGGGGUGAUUUACGUGUUCCCACUGCAACUUUCCAAUACACGAGACAAGGAGGGCACUGAAUGGCCCAGCCAUGUUAUGAAAUACUAUGAGUUAAGCUCUGUACCAGGCUUAACUUGUACAGAGAAAAUUAUACCAAAAUAGAAUCCUGUUCCAAGCAAAUGGGACAGAGCUGCCAGUCAUCCAAACACCUGCCGACAUGCACACAAUUUGAAAUACUUUCCUACAUUGGCCUCAGUGGUUACUGUGAGCCUUCCUCCUCCACCACCAAAUAAACAUAUAAAGCACUCCUACAAUGUAGCACGAAUUGAGAUUACCUAAUUUAUUGGUGAAAAUUGUAUACUUCCUUUUCCCCCCAAUAUAAAAUCCUUUUUCGGUAUCCAAAAUGGUGAAGAAAAUAGCAUUUUAAGAGUAUGAAGUACACCAAAAUUAAAAAUGAAAACCUCCAACAGAAUCAGACAAAUUAACCUGGACCAUGCCAGUCACUUUCAGUACUUUGGGUGCAUUUUUAGUGUGAUGUUUAUGUCACAAAUAGGAAAUAUCUGAAUUAGCUGGUUGAAGGCAAACUCGUGACUGAGUGCACAACUCCGCCAAAAAAAUCAGAAAUGGAAGGCAACCAGGUCAUGUCACUACUAAUUCCAGGCCAGGUCACACGGAAAAACAUAUAUGGAUUUGUUUGAAUGGUUUUACUCAUAUCCCAGAUGAUAUGUACUAUCAUUUUAUUCAUACUUACUUGGAAGCAAAUUUAUCCAGUGGGGCUUAUUUCCAAGUAAGAGUACAUUGAAAUGCAAUGCAGGUAUAGCUGAAAUAAAUCAAAACCUGCUUUGAAAUGACUAUUUCACGUCAUGUGGCAUGUCAGUGAUGGGUGUGAUUCAUCAGCAAUGAAAAAAUACCAAGGGUAACACAUUAAUCUGAGAAAAAUAGAAAGUAUUUCUUCCACUCCCACCGAAACCCCAACACACUUUGGGGUGUGUCUGGCAUAUGCUGAAGGGAUGGGGGGAAGAGUUCAAAUAAAAGAUGCAGACAUUUUGCUUACUAUCAUCAGUGUUGCAUGACAUGGGUAUGCCAAUAUCUGUCAUCACUAUGUGUACAUUUCUUAGAAGCCACACUAUUUGAUCAUUUCCCCCUCCCUCUUCUUCUUCUCUGUUUUUUUGCCCCUUGGAGAUUGCCCAUGAGGUGAGGCUGGGUCUCAGAACCAUGGUGAGCAUUUAUAAAAUCACACAUAUAUAUAUAUAUUUAAAAAAAUAAAAAUCUAUGCUUGCAGUCACUCCCUGAAAUCUCCAACCUUUCCACCCUCCCUGCCUCUUUUGUUGCCUGUAGUGAAUGCACACCUCAACUGCACAAAGCACACAUUUCCUCAGUCUACAAUGCUGUCAUUUCCAAACAAUUUCAUUUUCAUACCUCUUGGCAUGAAAAUAAAAAAAACCCUCAUGUGAUGUCACAUUUUCCUUAAAAAUGUUAUUGUACAUCCUUUUUUGCUGCUUUUUAUCUGUAUUGUUCUGAGUCAGUGUCAGACCAUUGAUGCAUCGGGCCAGUACUGUCCAUGCCAACUGCUUUGCCAGGCAUAGAUGCCCUUCCCAAACAGUGCAACUGAGUUCCUUAUAACUAGAUGUGCCAGGGACAAAACCUGAGACCUUCUGCAUGCCGUGCACGUGAUCACCUACUGAGCUAUAAUCCAUUCCUUAACCUUACAAAACCGACUACUAUAUAUGUAUAGACACACAUUCAUUGCUGCUAUUGGAGAUCUCCCUCAAUCCAACUCUAAUUAAAGGGUGUGCAGAACCACAGGAACUCCUCAAGGGAAUGGGCCAGUCUAUCUGAAACCUGGCUUGGAGUGCCCAUUCAUGACUGUUUUGAAAUUCCAGCUGCUUAGUUAAUGCGAAAAUACCUUAAGUAUAUUGGAGUACAAUUCAUUUUCCUCAUGUUAGAGAAAAAAACAAUCAUGUCUUUGAUUAUGUCUGUAAUUCCUGAUGAUUCAGUCUGUCAAUCCAGGUUUCUUUCUUGUGGGAAAGUAACCCAAUGAAACAUGGACUCGGUGAGCCCCAAUGAUGUAUUUCCCCCCCAUAAAUGCAAAGCAUGAAAAUGUUUUUCCUCUGUAAUUUGAAGAAUUCAACAGAAGCCUAUAGAGUUGCAUUAAUGCUAGUGAAAUGUAUCAACAGGUUCGACAUGCUGUUUGGUUGCAGUUGGAGUUUGGCCAGAAUGAAAUUCAAAGCAAAUCUGAAAGUCCUUCCUCAAGUGAGGAAUUCCAAGGGAAUUUAAGCCCAACAAAUUUCAUCUGUGGGAUGAGAGUAGUUUCAUACAUCCCUAAUUUUAGCUCUUCCACCUGGCUGUUGGGAAGUAAUUAACAUGCCAGGUUCCCAGAAUACAGAUAUUUUGGCAUGAGGAACACAUAUUUGGAGGUCUGUAAGGUUUCAGCAGGCUAUCAGAUGCAUUUUUGUCACAGCAGCUAGAAAACAACCUUUGCUAAAAACAAUGUUGACUCACACCGGGAAAUAUUGUCAAUUAUGCCAACAAGGCCUCAUUUUUAAAAUUUGUUUUGCUUAAAAGCCUCACUAUCGAUCUUAGUUAGGCACGGUAUAGAGAAAACAGAAAGAGAAGCUGUCUGUAUCUCAUAAUACUACAGCUCAAGGGCAUCAGACACAACUGACUAGGGCUGGAUGCAGGACAAACAAAAUAAAGUAGUACUUCACACAGCACAUAAUUAAUGCAUGGAAUUGAUCGCCACUAGCCUAGAUGGAGCUUGUCUAUUUAUUAUUUAUUUUUAAACAAAUCUACUUUGUCUAUUUCCCCAAAGGAGCUCCAGACAACUAGAAUAGUUCAAACAAAACAAAACAAAACACAGCAAAAUAAAAUUUAUCAAAGGUUAGAAGGCAUUAUGGUUAUAUGGAAACUUCACAUUCUGAGGUAGCUGCUGGCUUCUAGUUGCUGGGGAGCAACAAUAUGAGAGAGCUUCAAGCCAUGUUUGUGGGUCCUCUGGAGGAAUAGGAACAUAGGAAGCUGCACUGAUCCAUCUAGCUGAGUACUGUCUAAGCUGCCCGGUAAGCUUGUAGAGAGGCAAGCUUGCCUGAGUCUUUCUCAGCCAUGCCUGGAGAUACCAAGUACUGAACCUUUGAUUUUGCAUGCAACACACUGCCUGUAGCACUGAGCUAUAGCCCUUCCUUAUCUGGCUGAAUACAGUGAACAACAGGAUGCUAUGCUUGAUGUACCUUUGCUCUGAUUCAGGAGGGCUCGGCAUACGCUUUUUCAUUUUGCACAUGGUUACUCAACAGUAUCACCCCCCCCCCAAAGAAAACAAUCAAUGGCUACUUGGUAAUUAUUAUGGUAUGGGGUUGCUCGUGCAUAAGUUGCCACCUCUCCUGGCUAUGUUGCCUUGUUAAACCUUUCUGUCUGGACAGCCCUUCAAUUCGUGGCUGCCUCAGUCGCUAGCAGAAUCCGUCAGUGGGUGUUUCUUAAACCUUUUCCAACAUAAAAGUUGUUUGACACCCAGUCUCCUCCUACUUUCUCUGCGCGGAAGUCUUCUGCGCAGGGAGGGCGUGGGUAGCGGAGGACCAGUGCUCUCCCCGCUGGUGUCCGGUGAAGAGUCUGGGAGCCCUCUCGCCGAGUCCCGCAUCUGCCCCUCCUUAUUCCUGGUGUUGCACUGAAUUGCUUCCCCAUCUGCUGAGCUGCCUCUCUCCCUGCUGGGCCCUUCUCCAGCAUCAUUUGAGAGCCUUCCCUCCACCUCUAGCUCCGAUGUCAGUUCCCUGACAGUAGUGCUAUUGCCUUCUACUGCUCUCAUCUUGUUUGAAGAUCAGCAGACAUUAAGAAAUCUGUUUCAAGCGACCAACACCAAAGCAUCAGGGUGCUGCUUGGUAUUUUCUUAGAAUUUCAGACUCACCAGCACUCUGAUGCUUCCCAGAAACACGAGACCACGUGAGCAAAGGCAAAAUAACAUCCUUUCUUUCAGUUCUGCUUUUUAAGUACGAAAAUAUUUUCAAGAUUAUUUCCUUGCAAAAGGGAUUGUGCCUGGUGAAAUUAUCUGAAAUUAUGUUGUGGUCAACAGUUGCAUUUGGUUUACCUUGUAGGAAGGUACUAGUCAUUGUGUGUGUGUGUGUGUGUGUGUGUGUGUGAGAGAGAGAGAGAGAGAGAGAGAGAGAGAGAAUAUGAUAAAAGGGAAUUGGCCUAUCUGAAUGCUUUCUAUAUGACUAUUAAGAAUGUGCUUCUGUGAGAACAGUAUGCUGGAUUAGCUGUGCCACUAGCAUGACCCAGGCUCAUUUUAUAGCCGGUCCCAUGUCAGCAGGGGGGCAUAGUCGGCCCACUGUGUCACUGUCCUGGCUGCCACGCCCUGCCCAGUCGGCCAACCAAUAGGGCUGGUUUGUGGGCGGGGCCAAGCCACAUUCAAGUGUAUGUGACAGCCUCGUGGCUUCACUCUGUUGCCCGUCUUGUGUCUUAUUUAUCCUAAGUGGGCAGAGGGUCCUCGACUCAUAAUUCCUGUUUUCAUAGAAGUGGAUAAAAUUUUUGGUCAUUGUAGUUCCCCCCCCCCAAUGGAUUAUGCAUGCCAAAUUAUAAGAAGAUACACUGGGUGUGUGUGCAGGGCACCUUUAAAUUUUGAUUUUUUUAAAGAAAGGCUUUUAAUUUUCUGCCAGAAUGGGAGAAGACUGCCAAAUUGAUUGAUGCAAUGGUUCUUUCAUAAGGGCAGACAUUAAUGUUAGGGUUGUGACAAUAUGAAUUAUUGGGGGCAGGAGUGGGGGAAAAGAACACUGAUCUCUAGGAAAGACUGACGUGUGGAACAUCUCACUCAUAUCUCACAAAGACCCUGUUACCUCAAAGCAUUCCCCUGAAUUUUUGGAGAUACGUGGAAACGUCUCCAUUGAUUUGCAUGGGGGAGGGAGGUAACAGAAAAACAGGAUCUAUCUCCAAGAAAAACUGGUGUGAGGAAAAAGGAAGCCCAGGAAGAACUCUUUUUACCCAAAGGUUCAUUGGUUGUGGGAUUCUCCUCCACCACCCAUGAAUUUUUCUUGGGCUGAGAAAUCUGUCCACUGACUUGCAUUGGGGAAUACAUAGAUCACUGUGAAAAACUAACAGUUUAAAAUCCCCCCCCCCAAUCCUUGUGAUUGGGAAUGUCUUGGGGAAAUCAUUCACUGUGAAUAAAACCUAUACCUAUGUGUCAAAAUGAAAUAUUCUCCCAACUCACCUCUCGGGAUGAAGGACAAAUUGGAAGGCAAAACUACAUAAUUCACACUUCCUGAAACAAUGUACAGUGGUACCUCGGGUUACGAACUUAAUUCGUUCCAGAAGUCCAUUCUUAACCCAAAACUGUUCUUACCUGAGGCGUGCUUUUGCUAAUGGGGCCUCCCGCUGUGCCACCAGCACGUGAUUUUCAUUCUCAUCCUGGGGCAAAGUUCGCAACCUGGAGCAACUACUUUCGGGUUAGCGGAGUUUGUAACCUGAAGCAUUUGUAACCUGAGGUACCACUGUAUUGUACCAAAAUAUAGCCAUCCUUUGAUAUUUGCACUUUCCUGAAUUUUGCAAUACAGUUCUGCAUGUUAAUGAAAACAAUGUACAAAGUUGCAGGGCAUAAGGUGAAAUCUUGCAAAAUGUGUUGGGCAAACUUCCCUACCAAAAACGUGUGCAAAAAUUCACAUUAAAAUGUUGAUGAACUUUCAUGAAAUGAAAACAUGUGUGCCCUUAUGGCUGGAAAAAGGAGCAAUGGAAAGGAAGCAUAAUGGACAGAGUAUCUCAUCCUUACCACCUCAAGCUCUGGGCAUUUCCCCAGUUACAAGGCCUUUGGACAGUCAAGGAGACAAAGCCAUUAGAAAGCUUAGGCAAUGUCUGAUGCACCUUAUCUUUCUGAAUCGAAUUGUGCCACCAAGAAGGUACCAUAGGGUGCAUGAGAAACCUUUUCCUGUAUUGUCCAGAUUUGCCUUGUUAUUUGGGAUGCCUACAGAGCCAAUGAGCACACCUUAAUGGAUAGGGCACAGUUUUAUUUAUAUUUGAAUAACAGAUUCAGAAGAAACGGGCAGGUCCCAUCAUAGGCCUCUAUAGAUGUACAAUACUGAUUUGAGAUCUUCCCACAUGAUCCAUUCAUCUCAUAUCAUUCCAGUAUUUAUUUCAAAUGUUAUUAUCCAUCCAUGAGGAACUGGCAGCUAUAUUUCACCCAUAACAUGAUUUGACCCACAGCAAGAAGACUGUAGGGAUUAAAUCAUUCCAUUGCUUCUGAAAUUGAAGUGUUCGUGUAAACCAAAAGUCUACCCACCAUAUGCCACCUUUAAUUCACUCUUCUCAGACCUUACAUCUGAAAAUGACAGACACAUUGGCUAAAGAGACCCUUUCAUAGUCUCUUUCAGACUGCUUCAUAUGUUCCAAGAAGUAGUGAAAGAAUAUAUAUCUAGAAAUUCCUAUAUGUGUUUAGAUUUCCAUUGUUGCAUAAAAAUAAAUCCACCACAACAGGGGGGGAAAUUGUCAUAUAAGACAGUUAAAACAUUUGAGCAGAAGCUUCCUAGCCAAUAAUAUGCCAGUGUACAACAAAUAUUAACCCACUUGCCUAAUAGCUGUUUUGUUCACCCAUAACACUCUUUCCCCAUUUUGGUUAUUGCGCCUUUCUUUAUUUUACUUUGUAUCAUCAUUUCUUUCAAACUCAGAUGUUUUGUCUUGCUACCUUAGCUUGGGCUAACCUAGUUGCCCAUUCCAACUUUCUUUACAUUUACACUCUACUUUCCAGCAAACUAAUGGUUGUGGUUUGAGGAUCACUACCUCCCAUCCAAUUAUUACCUUGUCAAUUGUUCUUUUCUUUUCCAAGCUAUAGUAACUUACUCUGAAAAUAGCUUGCCUUGCACUGGCUUCUGAAGCAGAGUAUGUUAAUAAACUUCUUUGGAUACUUACAUUUUGAAAUAUUUAGUCUCACAAUGGAUCUGGAGGAAGAAGGGGGCUAAAAUCUAACCACAUGUAAACUGUUGGGUCUGCCAUUAACAUGGAAUAGAUGAUAGUAUUGGCCUUGAUGAUAUUUACAAUUAAAUGCAAGAGUAUCAAUACGACUUGACUCAGCUCCUGCUGGUUCCCCCCCCCCAUCAGUUCAAAGGCUUCUCUGCCACCUUUUUGAUAUGGAGUGACAACUGUCUGGUUCCAUCUUGAUUCAAGCAGAGUAUGUCCCUCUUGUCCAGGCCUGGCUUAUCUCAAAAUAUUCCCCAGUGCCUAACAAAUCCAACCCCUCCUCCUGACACCAAUUUCCGAUUCACACAUGGAGGCUACAUGGCUAAAGCUGUCUGGCUGUCUCUGCACAUGGAACUGGUAGCAUUCAUGAGAAAGCUAUCAUAGAGGUCCUGGCUUCCAACAGCCUGCCUAGCAACUUUUGCUUCUAGGACCCCAAUGGUUAGAUUUGUAUUUGUGGAAUCAUAGAAUCAUAGACUUAGAAGGAACCCCAAUGGUCAAUUGGUCUAACACCCUGCAGUUCAAGAAACACAGCUAAACCCCCCUGCCAAAUGGACAUCCAGCCUCUGUUUAAAAACAUCAAAUUAAAGAGAGCCCACUACCUUCUGAGACAGUCCAUUCCACACUCAACAGCCCACUACCAUCAGAAAGUUCUUCCUAAUGUUUUCUCAGAAUAUCUUUCCUUGUAAUUUGAAUCCAUCAGUUCAUGUCCUCUGGAGGAGCACAAAAAAAGCUUGCUCCAUCUUCCAUGUGACAGCCCUUCAGAUAUUUGUAGAUGGCGAUAAUAUCACCUCUUAGAAUUCACUUGUCCAGCCUAGGCUAAAAGUCUGAGAUAUCAAAUAGUUAAAUAAAUUAAUAAUAAUAAUAAUUUAUUAUUUGUACCCCGCCCAUCUGGCUGGGUUUCCCAGCCACUCUGGGUGGCUUCCAGUCGAGUGUUAAAAGCAAUACAGCAUUAAAUAUUAAAAACUUCCCUAAACAGGGCUGCCUUCAGAUGUCUUUUAAAGAUAAGAUAGCUGCUUAUUUCCUUCACAUCUGAAGGGAGGGCGUUCCACAGGGCAGGUGCCACUACCGAGAAGGCCCUCUGUCUGGUUCCCUGUAACUUCACUUCUCACAAUGAGGGAACCGCCAGAAGGCCCUCGGUGCUGGAUCUCAGUGUCUGGGCUGAACAAUGGGGGUGGAGACGCUCCUUCAGGUAUACAGGACCGAGGCCGUUUAGGGCUUUAAAGGUCAGCACCAACACUUUGAAUUGUGCUCAGAAAUGUACUGGGAGCCAAUGCAGAUCUCUCAGGACCGGUGUUAUGUGGUCCCAGUGGCCACUCCCAGUCACCAGUCUAGCUGCCGCAUUCUGGAUUAAUUGCAGUUUCCGGGUCACCUUCAAAGGUAGCCCCACGUAGAGCACAUUGCAGUAGUCCAAGCAGGAGAUAACUAGAGCAUGCACCACUCUGGCAAGACAGUCCACAGGCAUAUACCAUCUCAUCAUUUGUCUGCUUAACUUGCCCUGAUUAUUUGUCCGCUGGGGGGUCCCUGUAGUUUCUGGAACAGGUUUGGUCGCUUCGUAACAUAGAAGAGAUCUGGAAUAUAGCUCCAGUCUGAUUUAAUAAGUGCCAGUAAUUGCCAAACUAAGCCCAGCAAAACUGCAUUCUGAAUGCAGUCAGCAAAUUUUAUGUAGCAUUAAGUGAUGUUUGACUAGGUCAGUUGACAGUGCUAAAUUAAUGUACACCACUGAGUCUUGUUUUCCACAUGUAUCUAUGUUCAGUGAUUACACCUUGCUAAGUACUGAAAACCUUGACUAAUGAGGGUGUAAAUUAAUGUAUAUUAAAAGCCAACUGUUUAUUCAUCUAUUUAGCUUAACAGUGCAUAGCGGUUACUUUAAAAUCACAACAAAAUACAUGUGUUACUCCCAUUUCUUCCCUUUGGCAGGCGAUAAUAACUAAACCUACUCAAAUUCUGACAGAAUGAAUUGGAAUUAUGGCCUUGCAAAUGGACUAGACAAAUUGGAAAGUAUUAACAGAGGGAGUGAAUGCAGAAUUAUUAAAAAAAUUAUUCCCUUAUGGAUUAUAUACAUUAUAAGCAUGGGGUGCCUUUGGUCAGGUUUCAGGCAGCCACGUUCAUGGAAACAUGACUGACAUCCUCAAUUUUUAAACUAGAAGUACAAUUCUUCAUGUCACAUGGAUUACCAUCAUGCGAAGUGAUUAUAUGCACACCGUGGUAAGAUACCACUUGGCCAACAGUCAUUUAUGUUCACCUUCAAUGUGAGAUUUUUGGAACAAGACAUUGGCUUGCUUCCAGUUGUGAAUGACUUAGCAGAAACUGCUUCUGCUUACAAAAGUCAAGAUAGCCACCGCAUAUUACAGGCCUUGACAUCAUAUCUCAAUCUGUUCCAGAGAGUCUCCCAACUCUCAGUUGCAGCUUUUGGGGAUCAGAGAAUUGUAGAGUUGGAAGGGACCCCCAUGGUCAUCUAGUCCAACCCCCUGCAAUGCAGGAAACCUGCCCACAGCCAUCCCUGGGUGGGCUUGAACCACCAACUUUCUGGUUAACAGCCAAACACACUGACCCAUUGUGCCAUGGGAGAUGGGAGGCUUUGAGUGGAUAGGGGGAUCAGCCAAAACUAAGUGCCCCAGCUUUUAAAAGUGGGUGUGAUUUCCACUAAGGCAAAUAAAUCAUUUAAUGCAAUCUAUUGUUUUUCACUUCAUAUUAAAUUCAAGACAGUGCCAUUAUAGUGAACGGUAGGUAUAUAUGCUAUACCACUGUUUUCAUUUCCAUCUAUUUUUCUUCACUUUCCAUAUAUUAUGCAGAUGCAUUUCUGCAUCACCUGUCUUAAAACAAAUCUCUUUUACAUUUAAAGCUAAUGAAAAUUGAUAUCUUCAUUAGGGACUGUAAAACAAAACAUUUUCUUGUGGCAUUUGGAAUAUGAUUUAACGGCAUUAUCAUAUCUUACGCCUUCUGAGAUGGAAAGUGCCAAGUUGGUAUAUUAAAGUUUUCAUCUCUUUUAGCUAGUGUGCCUAUGUUCCUCCUUUAAAGUCACUACAAAUAAACUACAUUUGCUGUAAAAACCAAGAGGGCACUUUACAGAUGAAACUCACUUCCCUCUAUAGGACUAUACUGUUCAUCAUUUCCUCUGAUUGGUUGAAUCCAGGUAGUGGACAGUUAGACAAAUGCACUGGCAUCAUCUUUUUCCCCCUUUCCCUUUUUAAAAGAGGGGAUGGGACAAAGCAUCUUCAGAUUUCAUAUAGUACACCCAAAUUAUAAGGGGGCCACUUCAGAUAUUUGGCAAUCGUCUUUUAUUUAUAAUUUUUAUUUGGAUAAACAACAAGGACGUAAGUACAGAGUUACAGAGAAGAAACCAACAUGACUACCUCACACAGGUCAAUCCUGGUGCAAUGAAGUCACCCAGCUGACCAGAAAAAAAACAGGUCAAUCUGACCUUUUUCUUUACACUUGCUCACUACUAGAUCUCUGCCACUCCCUACCCUACCAGAGAGCCAGUGUGGUGUAGUGGUUAAGAGCGGUAGUCUCGUAAUCUGGGGAACCGGGUUCGCGUCUUCGCUCCUCCACAUGCAGCUGCUGGGUGACCUUGGGCCAGUCACACUUCUUUGAAGUCUCUCAGCCCCACUCACCUCACAGAGUGUUUGUUGUGGGGGAGGAAGGGAAAGGAGAAUGUUAGCCGCUUUGAGACUCCUUAAAGGGAGUGAAAGGCGGGCUAUCAAAUCCAAACUCUUCUUCUUCUUCUUCUUCCCAUAAAAUCCCAAUAUGGUUGCCAUAAUACUUUGAGUAAUGCCAGUUUUUCUGAUUAAAUAUUAGUGGCAAAAUUUUCCCCUCCAACUGGCCAUGUUGCCUUGAAAUACAAAUGACAUAUUCUAGUUUCUAUUCAAUUAGCUUUUUAGAAAAAGACUUCCUAGCAUAGAUGUCAAUGUUGGUGUUUCUCAAAACUCUUGUUUGUUGCAGAUAAACGUAAUUGGCUCCCAGCUCAAAAUACAUUUGAUGUACUGUCAAGGGAAGAAUCUUUUUGAAAGAUGCACACAAUUAUUCAUUAAGGAAGUUGACUUUGCAGGCCAUAUCUGUUGAUAAGUUUUUCUUAUUUACCUGCAACUGCUUCAAGCUUGGAUGAUGCUAAAGGGGUAGCAUGAUUUUCACUACUCUAUCCUACUUUACUCUCGUAAUGUCUCUGUGCACAGAGAUGGUUCAUAGCACAAUUGCUUCUUGUGCCACUACUGACUUUCCACGGGGGCAGAAAGACUUCAUAUUGGGAGUACCCAGAUCAUUAUCUUGUCCCAUGUUGUUUCCUAUCUACAGACAUUAAUGGGCUGGAACAAUGGGAAACUCUGUGGUGGGCCAUGGAAAUACUAUAUUGUACAUAGUUGAAGCUAUUAAUGUUAGCGCAACUAUUUGCCCUCUAGCUUCCUGGACAUUUGUUAAUCAGCUGAGCAAUAUCUGACAGGAAGAAAUGUCCCUCCAGCUUGCAUUGGCUCUGUUAAGUUGUGGGUCAACAUAUCAGACGACACAGCGAUUCUUCAAACAGCUCUUGUUUAUUCACAGGCCAGAACAGAACUGAACUGAAGGGUUCAGCCAGCCUGCUUAUAUAGAGCUCCACUAGAACGCGACAGUAACCAUUUUCUGUAACUAUCCAAUCACUGAACGUCACUUUCAAUCCCUUAUUUGCAUAUGUGGACCUGAGUGAAAACUAUCUACAGUAUCCCCCUGCUGGCCCAGGGUGAGAACUUCAGUACAUAACAGGCUUUAUGACUUUCAUAUAAAGCAGGGUGAUUUGGAUAGUGCAUGGGGCAAGUGCCUGGGUAUAUGGUGAGGGUUGUGGUGUACACUAUUCCUUGUAUUCACAGUAGGCUUUACUAUUUUUUUCUGAUGCUGAAUUUAUAGUCAUAAUCCAUAUCCAAACAUUUAACAAAUGUUUGUGCUGCUCCUCUCCUUCAUCAUCUCCAAUACCCAGUGUUUUCUUUCUGUAUCAACUUCUGAGACUUUUGUCCACGACAGGCCAUGUCUUGCAUAGGUUACAGUUAAGUUCAUAUUUGCUAGUCUUCUGUCAAGCUGAUGGCAAAUUAUUUGCCCCACCACUACGAUCCUGGCAUCUAUCCCCUUACAUUCCCAGGGCCACUUCAUGCACGACAUUUCGAAUAAACAAUGGAGGAAACCAGUGUGAGUGAAAAAGCAUUAUCUGUUGCUGUGCACAUCAAGAAUCUGUUGUGUGCACUGAGAAUCCACUGCCAAUUGUGGUUUCUCAGUGUGGGUAUGUGAAAUAAAUCAGACUUGUGAUGGUGCGUAACAAUAUAAUCAAGGGCAUUGAGUUGGUCUUAAGAGUCCACACCAUGAAAUAUCAGAGACAUUUGCUUUUGUUUUAGCCAUGCAAGGAUCAAAUGACCUAAAGGCAAAAGGAUUUCUGCCUGUAAUAUUAUGGAAAUCAACAGUUAGGGUGAUAAAGUGAUCUGCCAUCUGUCAAGGCUUGGGCCACCAUGUUUAGAUCAAUCCACACAACCUGUGACUCAUCAAGCACACCCAAACCACUGGUCAUAUACUAUCAGGUGUUUGACAACCACCGACUUUUCUAAUUCCACUGUUAGAAAACAACAAGAGGAGGUUUAUUAAAUAGCUAGUGGCCCACCAUACAUGGCUGGUGAGUUAACUGGGUAGGUCACAAGUUAUGGAAGGCUGAUCUAAAUCAGCAAAGAUAGUCAAAGGAGUCUCCAUAAUAACAGCCUAGACCCAGAGGCCACAAAGACAUACAUUUAGGCUUUACUGUGGGCAAAUUACAGGACAAAUUACAUGGGAACUAGAAAAACUUGUCACCACUUUCUCUUUGGAUGGGAAUAGAGCCUCCCCAAUACUUCAGGAUUAAUAAACUUUUCUCUCUUCUCUCAUAGGAUAAAGAAGUGAACCUGGAACAGGUCCACAGACGUAUGAACAGUUUAAUCGAUGAAGAUUUAGCUCACAAGCAACUCUCCCCAGCAUCCAUCGAAAUCUCAGCCUUGGAGAUUGGGGGCAUGCCACCCAGUCAGACCCUAGAGCCUGUCCGUGAAUACCAGAACACACAACUUUCUGUCACCUCCUUUUUACCAGAACAGACAACUCAUGGUGCCAGCAGGACACUCACAGGUGCCUCUGGUAGCAACCUGCCGCUGCCUCUGAGCAGCUCAGCUACCAUGCCCUCUAUACAGUGUAAACACAGAUCACCAAAUGGAGGACUAUUUCGUCAGAGCCCUGUGAAAACCCCCAUCCCAAUGUCCUUUCAGUCUGUGCCGGGGGGAGUCAUUCCAGAAGCCAUGGAGUCGUCCCAUGGAACAUCCAUAUAAUGAAAUCGACCAGCAAAGAUUUUUAAUACAAUUAAAAAGAACUCUUACAUUUUUCUUGUACAUAUCUGUAAAUAAUGAAAGAAUGAAGUGGGG